GAACACUAAUGCUGCAGGAUGCCAAGAGCAAAGGGGUCGUUAAGGAGCAGGUAAGGGACUUCCCCCUAGGGACUUGUGACAACAUGAGUGCUUUUUUUUUUUUUUUUUUUUUAAACUGUGUAAUGAGAAUGCUCCCCACAUUUUCUUUCUCUUUCUUCAAAGGAAAAUGGUAUUUUAAGCCUGCAUUGGCACUCUGCAGGGUUAUUCAAAAAAGUGAAUUUCAAAUUCAAGCCCAAAAUAACCAAAUUGGAAAAAAAUCUGUCUGCUAUACUUUCAGUCUGGCUACUCUGGCCUUAAACUUAAAAUUAAUUUUAGAAUUUUCAGUUGUGAAUUAUCCUACUAGUGUUUAGAAAUACAAAACAAACAGUGCUUCAGACAUCUAGGUAUGGAAUAGUGAUCAAUUUGAUGUGUAAAGUGUGUAUUGCCAUUAAGUCUGAUUCAAUACAAGGUUGAUUUCAAACGUUGGACUAAACUUGCUGAUCUGGAAAAAUCACCGACUUGCACAAUUUUUCCAAUUCAGCUAAUGUGACUGAACACCUGAAAUUAACUUUGGGAUACUGGGAAUGGUGAAUUUUGGAUAGGGGUGGGGUGACUUAGCCUGUCAUAAACACACUCCAGGCUAACUGGCAGUCCUGUUGGCACACUCAGGCCUCCACAAGCUCAGAACCUGUUUCUACAAGUGCUCUGUGAAAACUAUGUGCAGCACAAACUUGUCUAUCAAAGGAACACUCCAAGCACCAUAACAGCCUGUUAGUGCCAUGAUAGCUCUGGUUCCAUUUAAAAAAAGCUUGAGAAUUUACCUGGAUCCUGCCUGGUGCCUGUUGCCCCCUUCCGUGAAGCUGAAAGUUCCUACAAGGAGCUUUUACUGGCUCCACUGACUGGCAGCCCUGUCAUGCAGUGCUGGCUUAUUGGCUGAGAGUGCUCCACUAACACUCACAACCAAUAGGCCUGUAUGGCAGGGCUUGGGUCAAUGGAGCCAAUAGAAGCUCCCUCUAGCUAAACCCUGCACUACUGGGCAAUCUCAGAGAGCUUCUGACAGCAAAGUAGACAGUUGUGCUCUGUGGGAACUAGGCAAAUUGUCACAACUCCAUUCUACUAUUUAUUCUGGAAUUUUCUGUGAGGGUGCACCAUAACCACUUCUGCAAUUUCAGGGGACUUUUUUUUUUCUUUUUUUCUGGGAUUGUUGAGAAUAAAGGCUUAUUCACUAAAGCCUGAACUGUAGCGAAUUAAAAUCCAAUUUGCAAAAUGGAGACCAGCAUUAUCCUGACUUCAGCCUGUCUGAAUACAACUGAAAUUCAGAACUGAUGAUGAUGUAUUUAAGUGAUCGCAUAUUAUAGAAUUAGACUGAACUGAGGGCUAUCUGUCUGUAAAUGUGGUGCAGCUGCAUCAUUUGGGUAGAAGGCGGCCAUACCUCCCAACUGUCCCUAUUAAGGGGGCAGAGUGGGGGGCUAUUUGGGGCCCAAAUCCCUCCAUUCCUCUUUUUUUUUUUUUUUAAACCAAAUAACCAUCUUUUCUAUGAGCUCCAUAUGGGUGUGUCUGAUUGUAUAACAGGGCUCAACAGCAAUAAUACUCACAGUAAUGUCUAAAAUAUGUUUAGUAAUCAGUUGGUGUAAAUAAGACUUGUUUGUUUUCUAAAUUACAUUUUAGUUGCAUAAAUUAACCUGUAACUGCUCAGAAAAACCUCACCCCUGGUCACAACCUUACUCACUUAAAGGACCACUAUAGUGCCAGGAAAACAUACUCGUUUUCCUGGCACUAUAGUGCCUUGAGGGUGCCCCCAACCUCAGGGUCCCCCUCCCGCCAGGCUCUGGAAAGGGGUAAAAACUUACCUUUCUCCAGCACUGGGCGGGGAGCUCUCCUCCUCCGAUCCUCCUCUUCUCCUCCCUGUCGGCUGAAUGCGCACGCGCGGCAAAAGCUGCUCGCGCAUUCAGCCGGUCGCAUAGGAAAGCAUUAUUAAUGCUUUCCUAUGGACGCUGGCGUGCUCUCACUGUGAAAAUCACAGUGAGAAGCACGCAAGCGCCUCUGGCGGCUGUCAAUGAGACAGCCGCUAGAGGGAAUGGGGGAAAGCUUAACCCAUUCAUAAACAUAGGAGUUUCUCUGAAACUGCUGUUUAUAAAAAAUGGGUUAACCCUAGCUGGACCAGGCACCCAGACCAUUUCAUUAAGCUGAAGUGGUCUGGGUGCCUAGAGUAGUCCUUCAAUUUGGAAUGUUGGGAAUGUUUAGAACUUUCUAAAGGGUUUAUUCACUAGAGUGAGAAUUCAAAGAGAAUUUCACAUUUAAGGUAUAGGUCGUUGAACAGGAAGAAACAAUAUAAAAGUGUGGAGUGCUUCACACCACAGAUAUACCAUCAUGGAUCUAAUUCCAUGGAUACAAUAUGGAGGGAAUCACAAAUCUAUAUAAAGAUAUAAUAAAAGGUCCACAUAGUGUAUUACUGUAUGAAAUGCAUUUCUCCCAAUGACGAUCAUGUGACUGUUUCCCAUACCGGAAACACGCUAUAGGAAGCGACGUGCUGGCCGAAUUGUUAACGACGCGAUUACAUGACUGCAUUAACAAGUAUAUCCAUUAUAGUAUAUCUGUAGUGAUAAGCACUCCCCACUUUUAUAUUGUUUUUUUUUUUCAUGUGUUUCUGUAACCAAUUGGGUGAUCAUUGAUAUCCGGGGAUUGUUGCUAUAGUCCUCUAGCGCCAUUGCAACUUACUAUUUUUUUGUUGUGAGACUGGAAUACGGACUUGGAGAAUUUUUCCAUUUCGGCUAGUAUGACCUUAACCCCUUAAGGACACAUGACAUGUGUGACAUGUCAUGAUUCCCUUUUAUUCCACAAGUUUGGUCCUUAAAGGGUUAAACUUUAAUUUCACUUUAGUGAAUAACCCUGUAGAUAUCAAAGUACAGUAUAGUGAAUGGAAAUACCAAUUGCAACAUUUAGUCUAAAAUAGCUGAUUUUAUUAAACAUAAAACAAACAUAAACUCUCCAUCUGGGCCAUAGUGACAGAUUUGAUCUUUGUUGGAUUUAGUAAAAUUUAAACACCACCCCCCCCCACCCUCUCUCCUGGCGUGACGUCAUCAGUGAGCGCCCCGGCGGCUGCGCAGUGAGUCGCGCGUGGUGCCGUUUCCGGUCUGCUCACCGUGUGUGAGGGAAGACAUGUCCACGGGGUUUUCAUUCGGGUCCCCCGCGGGGGCCACCACCACCACUACCCUGAACCCGGCAGCGGGGGCUGCGGCUCCUUUCUCGUUCGGGGGGUCGGCAGCAGCACCGGCGGCGGCAGCCAGGUGGGAGAUCGGAUACACCGCUCGCACGCAACCCGCGUGCGCGAUGUACUAAGAUUUAAUAAGGCGGGCGAAGUGGUAGAAGUAGCGCAGUCACCAUGGCAACCGGUAGAAUGUUCCUGCUGAUUGCUCUGCUUCUAGAACGCUGGGUAACCCAGCCCUGUCUGUAGUGAUCACAGGGCUCCUCAAACUCCUGCUGGACCACAACUCCCAUGAUUCUCUGAGUUACAUAUAGACAGAGAAUCAUGGGAGUUGUAGUUCAGCAACAUCUGGGGGGGGGGGCCGGAGUUUGAGGACCCCAUGCUUUAUAUCAUUAAACUCUGCUAAAUGUUACACAUCUACAUGUGGAAAGGACUGAGAUGGGAAAAACGUGCUGCACCAGUCAGUCCUGGUCUUUGUCUGAAUGAGGUUUAUUGUAAAACUAAAAUAAAAUGUGUGCCCCAUGCUGAUCUUUCUUUCAGAACUGAUAUAAUUCAAGGAAAAAAUGUUAUGCUUCUGACAACUGAUAAAAGCACAACAAAUUGGUACAUGACAUAAAUAUGCCAGUUUAUCCCUCUCUGGGUAUAGUUAAAAUAUGAGAUUAAAUUGUUCCAUUGUGUUUCUUUUUAGUGUAGAUAUUUGGCCCUAUUUUUAUUUUUUUAUAAGGAAGUUUUAAAAAAGCACCUGGACAGUCAGCGUGCUGCAGUCUGAAUUUCAUUCUGUGAGAUAAUCAAUCACGCUCUGUCCAGAUCAUUGCCCACCCAUAUAUAUACUAUAUAUAUAUUUUUUUUAAACCAUCAUAGUGAAGAAUUCUUCCUCGUUCAUUUGUUUCUUUGGCAGAGCUGCUUGCCGUUAUCAUAUUGGUUCGACUAUUCAUGAUGAUGUACUUACUUUGUAUUUUGUGCAGCAAUGCUGGUUUUGGUGGCUUUGGCUCUGCUGCAACCGCUGCAGCUACUACACCGGCUACAGGUCUUGGUGGAGGACUUUUUGGACAAAAACCUGCAACUGGAUUUACACUAGGUGGAGCAAACCCAGGUAUGUUCCAUAUUACUGUAAUAUCUUAAACUUUGCCAACUACAGGGCACAAAAGUUUUUUUUUUUUUGACGUUGCAGUGGUCCCACAAUAUGAUCUGUGGUAUUAGACAGGGUAUCUGCAAGUACAUUUGUUCUACAGUAACAGGUAAACUUCCUUUGGUGUAAACGAUAACAGAAGAUAGGGGACCUAUGCAUUAACUACUGUGAGGAAUAUUUAAAAAUAACCAAUGCUGCAUGGAGGGAGACAGAAGGGAGCACAGUGAGUGCAAGGGAAAUUUUUCACGUCUGUCAGCGUGCAGUGGAUUUGCACAGAUUUGACAUUAGGCAACCCGGAAGAGAGACAAUAUACACCAUAUAAGAUGCCUGAAAUGUCUUUCACAAAUGGUAGACUUUUGUGGGGUAAUUUUAACAUUCAAACUGCUACAAUGCUCAUUGACACAAGCCUAUCAAAACUGUCUAUCAAAAUUCAAACUGUAAAAGCUGAAAUGAUCAGUCCUCUUACAUGGUGCUGUUGCUUCACAUGAUUAUUUCAGAGGCAUACAUUGGGGAUGUUGUGCUCGGAAGAUGUAGCUGAACACAAUAUGGGGUUUUGUACAGGAGAGUAACACAUCAGGUUUUGAGCAAAAACAAACCUUUAUAGGUGUUAAAAAUCUGGAAAACAGUAUUUUGUGACCUGUAACUUCUUAAAAUAAACUGAAAUUUUAGAUAUGUUAGGUACUCUACAAAUCAGGACAAAUAAAUGCAUUCAUUUUGAUUAGCUUUUCUUAAGAAGGUGCCUGGAGACUCAAGUCCCUAUAACUUUGAGAUGUUAUGGGGUGGAAUGUUCAAUUAAAGGGGCAUGCAUCACUUUGAGACAAAAAUGUCUCACUAAAGCUGGUAAAAACUAUUUGUAUUUUAAUAUGUACUUGCUUCUUAUGCUUUCCACACCUACGUCAAUGAAAACACUGAUCUAACCAAUCAGUGCCUUAUUCCUUGGAAUGCUGAGAAAGCGCAUUGGGCAUGCUUAACAGUCACAUGUGCAGUUAGAUUUCUUCACCUUAUAACAUCCUGAUAAGAGGGAAAGAGAGGGAUGUUAAAACAAAUUUACUGUUAAAGGGUUACUCCAAGCACCAUGAACACAUCCCUGAUUUAAAAUUUUCAUGGUACUUGGAGUUUGUGCACAGUUUCUCUAUGAAAAGCUGCACAUGAAGAAUUUAACCCCUUGGCUGCUGGAGGGGGAAAACCACAUUUGGAAGCAUCAAUAGGAGUUCUUGGAUGGCUAAUGUCUGUUCUGUGCCUAUUGGCAAUAUAUUGUCACCACACCCAGCAUGCUGGUGACAGCAUUCCAAUUGUGACACGGUCAUCAUCCCUUAAUGCACCCUGCCCUCCUCUCAACCUGGCCUUCAUAGCAUCCCUCCUCCUGCACCAACGGGGAAUGUUUUCAGAGGAGGAGGAGGAUUGCGUUCCUUGGGGGACCUGGUUUCGGCGAUGUAAGAGAAGUAGGUUUAAUUUAAUUAUGGACGGGGUGUUUGACAUGGGUCAUUCUGACAAAGAACAAGGUUUUAUUAAAAUACUGUCUAUUUUUUGUUUGCUUGUUUUUUAUGGUUGGGGGAAAUGUUUAAUGUCCUUAUUCAAAUAUUUUUCAACGUAGAUAACUGGGUCUACCUUUAUAACUUUUUUAAAGCAGUUAAACUUACCUGUAAUCCUGCGAUGGGACAGUCUUUUCUAUGCAACCAAUCUGCCUUCUGUGAGAUCAAGACUGAUCUUUAUCCAAUCCAGUGACUCUUGUAGAGCAGAAUUGGUGACAGUGUGCUUGCAUGACAAUUGCCAGUCCAGUGCUUUUCAUAGUAAAGCAUUUAAUCCAGGCACAGCCAAGAGACAGUGCAAAUGUGGAUUAAUAUAAACAUCGUGUAAGCGCAAAAAAAAAACCCUAUGUUAAACAGGAAAAUGUGUCAUUAUUGACAAUGAGCUAAAAUGGUGAUGGCCAAUUCUAGGUUGAUCUAAAUAAACCAUUUAUUUUCAAAUCUAAAUCAUGUAUUCGCAGUGAAGUUCAAAUUUUACUUGCAGUAAUUUUUUUUUUCCUGGGAUGUCUCUAAUCUGGAGGGAAAGGGAGGCUGAUGCCUACAGUUUAAAAAAACAAAAAAAGCAGGAUCCUCCCCAGACUCAUCCUAUAGGUAUAUGACAUUGUACUAGGACAGGGCUUGACAAAUUUCAUUGAAAUCUAGGAGCCAGCUCAUGUUAGGAGCCAGAUUUUCCAAAUCAGCGAGGCGUGUAAUUCCUCCCCUCUCAGCCGCUCCAUGCGUGUCUGUGUCUCUCAUAUGAAAUUAGGUGAAAAAUAGUUUUACAUUUUACAGGGCUUCUUAAAAUCUCCUAUCUCUGCAAACAAAAAUGGGGAUUCUGUUCCACCAUAUGGCCAUAUUGUGUCAAGCCCAACACUACAUCACAGUAACCAAAUAUUGGUGGAUCCUACACUAAUCCUAACAUGGGAGACAAACCUGUCCGCAGCAAUACUCACUGCUGAAACUGCUUGGAGAGACUCCCUAAAUGUGUGCUUUCCUGUUAUCACAUUUAAUGAGGCACUUAUUGUGGACGGGGUAGGAAUCUGAUGUGGAUUACAUAGAAAAAAGAAAUUGGGCAUGCCCUAAACAUGCAUUCUUGGCAGUGUGCUGUUGUAAAUACCAAAAUCUAUAAAAGAUACAGAUACAAAAUAUUGUAACGAGUGAGUUGGUUUUUACAGCUAAGCCUCUUUUGUAAAUCAGUUUUGCUGCAACUGUAAUUUCCCUAGUUACUAAAGUAUUUAUCAAUAUUGAAAUCUCUCAUGGCAUCAAAACAUUGAACUACAGUUAACAUGUGAAAGAUAAAGGAGAUAUGGAGUGAAAGGCUGGUCGCAUGGCAUAGUCAUGCUUCAUUAGAUAAUAGAACGGUUACCACCACUCUCACUCCAUAAAGAGAUCAUAAACAAUCUGUGUACAUAUGUAGGUGUCUUGAUGUAUUGUAGUGUGGGGCUUAAUUAUCACCACCCAGUGUAACCCAGGGAAAAAUUUAAGUUUUGGAUGGUCCAAUAUUGAUACAUGACUUAGCCUCUAAGUGAACUUGUGUGCUCUAGAGUCAGCUUGCACCUUAAUGCAGUAAUGAGUGGCAGUUACUGUGGAAAAUCUGACAUUGCUCAAAAUGCUGAAUGGCGUGACAUUUAGAGGUCUUGUUGGGUCAACCGCGAAAGGACCUGUGCAGCACUGAAAUGUGAGUUUUAUGCCUUUUUUUUUGCUUUCCGGACAUUGGAUCUGGGAUUCUAAAUAGUAAUAGAAAGUGUCAAGAAUACAUGUUCGUAUUCCUGACACUAUUCCUUUAGCUUAUUUCGCAAAUGUAUCUGCUGUUUUUUAAAUGGAUAUUGCUGCAGCGAGAUUAAUUUAGAAAAUAAGUUGAACUAUUUUCAACUGAAUUGCAGACAAAUUUCCAUGUUACCAAAUGUCUCCAAGACUGCAUUUGGUCGCUGUUCAUUGUUUAGUGCAUAGACCUCAAAGACAUUUAAAUAAAAUGUAUCCCACAAACCACACAGAUGUAACUUUUUAAUAGCCACGGUUUCCUGACUCAGGUUAAUGUGCAUUACAAAGUACACUGUCCUUAAGUGCACUGCAUACCAUCUUUUGCUAUAUUAAAGUUACACAAUUAUUGUGUAGUUUUGGUGCAAAUAAUUGUGUAGCUGCAAUCAGUUGCUUAUAGACGUUCUCACUUCCCCUUCAAUUAGUCGUUCACAUUCAUUUUUGUGGAUUUUAGAAAUGGUAUUUACAUGUUGCCGUGGUUACUCUUUAAACAUACUUUGUUUUUGUUUUUAAUUUCAUUUUAGCAGUGGCUCCGACAUCUACAGCUACCACUGGAUUCAGUUUGGCAUUCAAUAAACCUGCAGGUUCUGCUACACCUUUCUCUCUGCCUACAGCUAGCAGUGCCGCAACUGGCCUUUUAUCAUCUGCGUUGACUUCAGCUCCAGCAGCAGGUAGAGGAUCUUUCCAUUCAUAGUUUAUUUUUGUAUUUGCUUGACUUGUAAAUGGGAAUAUUUUGCAAUGGCUCCUACAAGCCUAACUUAUACACUGCUCAAAAAAGGAACACAAAUAACACAUCCUAGAUCUGAAUGAAUUCAAUAUCCUUCUGAAAUACUUUGUUCUUUACAUAGUUGAAUGUGCUGACAAUAGAAUCACAUAAAUUAAAAAAUGGAAAUCAAAUUUUUCAACCCAUGGAGGUCUGGAUUUCGAGUCACACUCAAAAGUAAAGUGGAAAAACACACUACAGGUUGAUCCAACUUCGAUGUAAUGUCCUUAAAACAAGUCAAAAUGAAGCUCAGUAGUGUGUGUGGCCUCCACGUGCGUGUACAUGCUCCUGAUGAGGGGGUGGAUGGUCUCUUGAGGGAUCUCCUCCCAGACCUGGACUAAAGCAUCUGCCAACUCCUGGACAGUCUGUGGUGCGACAUGACAUUGGUGGAUGGAGCGAGACAUGAUUUCCCAGAUGUGCUCAAUUGGAUUCAGGUCUGGGGAACGGGCGGGCCAGUCCAUAGCAUCAAUGCCUUCGUCUUGCAGGAACUGCUGACACACUCCAGCCACAUGAGGUCUAGCAUUUUCUUGCAUUAGGAGAAACCCAGGGCCAACCGCACCAACAUAUGGUCUCACAAGGGGUCUGAGGAUCUCAUCUCUGUACCUAGUGGCAAUCAGGCUACCUCUGGCGAGCACAUGGAGAGCUGUGCGGCCCCCCAAGGAAAUGCCACCCCAUACCAUUACUGACCCACUGCCAAACCGGUCAUGCUGGACGAUGUUGCAGGCAUCUCCAGACUCACGUGCUAGGUGUGAACCUGCUUUCAUCUGUAAAGAGCACAGAGCGCCAGUGGCGAAUUUGCCAAUCUUGGUGGUCUCUGUCAAAUGCCAAACGUCCUGCACGUUGUUGGGCUGUAAGCACAACCCCCACCUGUGGACGUCGGGCCCUCAUACCACCCUCAUAGUCUGUUUCUGACCGUUUGAGCAGACACAUGCACAUUUUGUGGCCUGCUGGAGGUCAUUUUGCAGGGCUCUGGCAGUGCUCCUCCUAUUCCUACUUUCACAAAGGCGGAGGUAGUGGUCCUGCUGCUGGGUUGUUUCCCUCCUACGGCCUUCUCACGUCUCCUGAUGUACUGGCCUGUCUCCUGGUAGCGCCUCUAUGCUCUGGACACUACGCUGACAGACACAGCAAACCUUCUUGCCAAGCUCGCAUUUAUGUGCCACCCUGGAUGAGCUGCACCACCUGAGCCACUUGUGUGGGUUGUAGAGUCCGUCUCAUGCUACCACUAGAGUGAAAGCAUCGCCAGCAUUCAAAAGUGACCAAAACAUCAGCCAGGAAGCAUAGGAACUGAGAAGUGUUCUGUGUUCACCACCUGCAGAACCACUUCUUUAUUGGGGGUGUCUUGCUAAUUGCCUAUAAUUUCCACCUGUUGUCUAUCCCAUUUGCACAACAGCAUGUGAAAUUGAUUGUCACUCAGUGUUGCUUCCUAAGUGGACAGUUUGAUUUCACAGAAGUGUGAUUGACUUGGAGUUACAUUGUGUUUAAAUGUUUCCUUUAUUUUUUUGAGCAGCGUAUUUAUCAUGCCAGGUGCACAUUAGUUGGUUUUAUUUUAUUAAAGGGCCCUUUAAAGGAACACUCUUAAGCACCAUAACCACUACACUUAUGGUGCCAGCAGUGCCCUACAGCUUCUCCCCUUCCUGUACCUAGCUGGCUAACAUCAUUCACAAGGUUCGAUUCACACCCCCAGCAGCAAAUGCUUUUAAAGUUUUAAACUGAAACUGCACAUAGACUCCAAGCAUCAUGAUGACUUCAAUUCAAUGAAGUGGUCAUGGUGCUUGGAGUAACUUGUUAAACAAGAUUCCCAGGCUUGCUUGUGAGUCCUGGUGAAAUGUGUUGAGUAAGUAAACCUACGAGUGUUGUUCAAUCCUGGAGAUUCUGUGGAUCCUGGGAAUUAAUAUCUGUAUCUUUUACCUGCUUAAUAAGAAACCUGCUGUGGAAUAUCACAUCUUGUGUUCCUCUACAAGACUUUCAAAUUCAUGUUGCUUUGCCAAAUGCUUACUACUUUUUUCCUUUAGGAUCCUCUGGAUUUACAUUAAACUUGGGAAAUACAGCAGCCACAACUACAGCAGCCUCCACUGGUCUUUCACUUGGUGGGUCGUUCACAGGAGGACUAGGUGGAUCCAUCUUUCAGAACACCAGUCAACCUGUAACAGGUAUAAUAGCUUAACACCUUCCUUUUUCACCUUUACUAACCCUUUAAGGACCAAACUUGUGGAAUAAAAGGGAAUCAUGACAUGUCAUGUGUCCUUAAGGGGUUAAAGAGCUUCACAUUGACUGCAUACAAAUUGCCACCAUAUUUUGCUGAGCAACCUACACUAAAAUGGAAAGGAAUGUAAAGACCAUUUUUUAUUAAAUCUGUUAUCUUUUUUCCCCUCUGGUUUUAUGCAAUACAGUUUUAAGUGCUAUACCCACUUUGCUUGACUGUAUUUGUCCAAGUACUAAACUUGUGGUUUGGUCAAACAUAAGACUUCUACAGAUUUAUGCAUAUUCAAAAUGUAUUGCUCAUCUGCAUAUCUCAAGUAGGACUUUGGGAAUAGACCACCUUGGACACAGUUUCUGAAAGUAAUGUUUACAAAUUCCUCCCAGAAUUCCUAGCAAAAAGGGCAUUAGGUUUCAGUUUUAUAUACAAACAUGGCAUUCUAAUCCAUGCCAUGGGUUGUGAUCCUAAAGGAGCGAUGACCAUUAAACCAACUGCAGUUUCAAACUUCUGGUUGCUACUUGAAAUGAUGUAAAGGCACGCACAGUAUCAGAGCUCAAUAAUAUGUCCGUGGCUUGGCCUUUUUAAUCUUUUAUUUAUUUAUUUUAAACUUCCCGCAUUGAGUGAGGAGUAGUUUUGCCCGAACAGUGAACCUGUAUUGCUGUAACUAACACAAAUUCAUCUUUCUACUAUAGGACUUGGGCAAAACACAUUGGGCUUAGGUUUAAAUCUAGGAGUUGCUGCUCCAGCCACACAAACUACAAGUGAAGGACUAGGUGGAAUAGAUUUUAGCAGCUCAUCAGACAAAAGAAGUAAGUUUGUGCUUUUUAUUAUUUAACCUGAACCUAUAACCUAAUCUACAUCAAGAUGGGAGAACCUUGAUUUGGCUUGUCAAUCACAUACUGCAUUAUUACACCAGAGUUUUGACCCCUUUUACACAUGCAAUACACAGUUUAUUGAAAUUUCUGCUGCCGUGAUUCUAAUUUCUCAGCAAUGGGGCAGAUUGGGAAUUGCAACAUUACGUUACUGCUUUCUAGUUGUUUGUUUCUUUUUAUUGGACUAAAAACUUUGGAAUGGCAAGAAUUAAGGAGAAUCUUUCUCAAGUCUAAAGCAAUUCUGUUGUAUAGAUUAUGGUGUUGGUAGGAGGCAAGUUCCUGCUUGCUGUAUUGCUAAUGUAGAAGUUCAAAGAAAAGUUACCUGCGCUUUUUCCCAAAUCCUAUGUAUAUUUAACCCCAUCCCAACCUUGGAUGUAUCUGGAACGUCCGACAGAAAAACGGUCCUUAAGGCGGAUAAUUAGAGCGCUGGAAGCGAUCAUGAUCGAUUCCAGCUGCUCUAAUGGUAUUACAGCGAUGCCUCGAUGUCGAGGCAUCCUGCAAUACCCCCAUUUCCUGUGCGGAGUGCCUCGAGGGGUCAAGGCACUCAGUAAAAUAAGUAAUUUUAAAAAAUACAUUUAAAAAAAUUUACCCACUCCCUCCCUCUCACUCCAUGUACUUAUCGGAGCAGUGUUCUUCUUCUAUGGAGGGACUGUCUGACAGCCCCCCUCUGCAUAAUAGGACACACAGGGUCCGCAAUCACUCUGGCCGCAAUAGGUGUCCAUAGUGCAACCAGCAGGGGGACUGCCUAAACUGACAGGCAGUCCCCCAGCUGGUGAAAACAAAAUUAAAAAAUAAAUUAUAUAUAUAUAUGUCCUGCUAUAUUAAUAUAAAGAUACACUUGGAGUUAAAUUACACGUGUGUGUGUGUGUGUGUGUGUGUAUAUGUAUAUUAUAAUUACAAAUAAAUGUAAAAAAAAAAAUUAUAUGUAAUCUUAUUCUAACCGUAUAUUGAUACAUAUUUAUAUCAAAAUACACUUGGAAUAUAAUUGUAUUUAUCUAUGUGUGUAUGUAUAUAUGUAUGUGUAUAUAUAUAUAUAUAUAUAUAUAUAUGUAUAUGUAUAUAUGUAUAUACAAAAUAUACAUGUCAUAUACAUAUUUAUAUUUAAAUUCUACAUGCAUAUUUAUCUAAUAUUUUUACAUAAUUAAAUAAUUUUAUUAAUUGCAAUUUGGAUGACCUGCUUGACAAACCAGGCAGAAAGUCCAGAGAAUUUAAUUUGCUAGCACUAUUUUUUAACCCUGUAACUUUCCAAGACACCCUAAAACCUGUACAUGGGGGGGGGGGAGGGGGGUACUGUUUUUACUUGGUAGACUUGCUGAAAACAAAUUGGUGAUUCAAAACAGUAAAACAUAUCAGUGCUCAUAUUGUCAGUGAAAGUGAUUUUUUUGCACUUUUCACACUCAAACGGCACUUUCACUGAUAUCGUUGUUGAAACACUAAUUUUUGUGUUCAGUAAAGUCUCCAGAGUAUAACCUUACAUGUACAGGUAUAACCAUGUACAGGUUUUACUGUUUUUGAAAGUUACAGGGUCAAAUAUAAGGCGUUUUUUUUCACAUUGAAAUUUGCCAGGUUAGUUAUGUUGCCUCUGAGAGCGUAUGGUAGCCCAGGAAUGAGAAUUACCCCCAUGAUGGCAUACCAUUUGCAAAAGAAGACAACCCAAGGUAUUGCAAAUGGGGUAUGUUCUGUCUUUUUUUCUUACUAGCCACUUAGUCACAAAUACUGGCCAAAGUUAGCACUCAUAAUAGUUUUUUGCAUUUUUAUCACACCUAUAAAAGCUAACUUUGGCCAGUAUUUGUGACUAAGUGGCUACUAAAAAAGACGGGACAUACCCCAUUUGCAAUACCUUGGGUUGUCUACUUUUCAAAAAAAUAUGGUUUGAUGGGAGUAAAUUACAUUGGCUGGCUUCAAUAAUGUCCCAAAUUGGACAUGGGUGCAUGCUGACAAGCUGUGAAAAUUCCAAAUUUAAAAACUGGAAUGCGCGCCUUCCAAAUAAGAUCUUUUAACCCCAAGAGAAAAAGACACACCUAUACAUAGGUGGUAUCACUGUACUCAGGAGAUGUUACUGAACUCAUAUUGGGGUGUUCUUUGGCAGUAACCCAUAAAGUUCUCAGUAAAUGUAUUCUUAAAUUGCUAUGUCAAAAAAUUCUUUUUUUUUUUAAUAUUUAUUUGGCAUAGAUUGGUGGUAAAAUGGUAUCACCAGUGUGUGUGUGUAGGGUUAAUUAGGGAUUCCUGACAGAUCUAUCAGUGUUACAAUGUAACUUGUUAAUUUCGAAAGAAAAAAGGGUUUGGAAAUACUACUUGUACUUAUAGCCCUAUAACUUUCCAAGAAAAGCUAAGAACAUGUAUUUUUAAACUCAUGACAUAAUUUAGAAACUAUUUAGCACGGGUGUUUUUUGGCGGUUGUAGAUAUGUAACAGAUUUUGGGGGUCACAGUUGGAAACGUUUAUUUUUAUUUUUUAUUUAUACAAGAAUUAUGGUAAAUUAUGAUAUGAUGAAAAUAAUGGUAUCUUUAGAAAGAAUGUUUAAUGGCGAGAAAAUUUGUAUAUCAUGUGUGGGUACAGUAAAUGAGUAGAAAAUGACACACCGCAGAAAUGUAAAAAACAGCCCUGGUUCCAAACGGUAAGAAAAUGUAAAAACUAUCUGGUCACUAUGGGGAUGAACAAAUGGAGGUUAUUUAGUUAUUCCAAUGGCCAUUGGAGGGAAUGCCCACCUGCCACGUCAAGGCAAACCUCUCCGGUUGGACCCACCUGAGAGGUUUUCCUUGACGUGGCAGGUAUAUGUAUUCGCACGGGUUUUAGUACAUUUAGUAUUGAUAAAGGGAGGGAUGUUCAGUUCCAGCCUAUAGAGAAAAAAUAUUGUAGAGAUCGCUCCUCUUCUGUGUUUUAUGAAAAUCAAAAUCUUCUGCAUUUUGUUUUUACCUAGGUGACAGAACUGGAAACCGGCCUGAGUAAGUCAUCAUAUUUUAUUUUUGUGAUUUGACUUUUCUUAUUGCCACCAUUAAAUAUUUUGAUACCUAAACAAUGUAUUUAUAUUGCAAGUAUGAAAAAAAUUUGUAAGGUUUGACUAAUAGAAAUGGGGGGGGGGGAACUAUCUGACCAGCACAGAGCAAAAACUUGAUUUUUUAUUUUUUUUUAUUUUUUUUCUGAGCCUAUAUUUCUAGAACAGAUAAUCUAUAAUGGGUGUAGAAUGAAGUCAGUUCGCAGUAUAUUAUGGAAUGCUACAUGUCUUGUGGAUUGCUCCAGUUUUAGGAGUUGAUUGCUAUUUCUGUGGAAACCUUAGUGUAAUUGUGCUUUCUGUGUGAGGGAACAUUCAGAAGGAUCAUUGUUUCCGGUUUAUUGGAAACCAAACUGUGUUCUUUGUUGUAGUUAAGUUGUAGUUGUAGUAGUAAGUGUAUAUUAAUUUACUCUUUUAAAUCUCAGGGACAGCAAAGCCUUAAAGGAUGAAAAUCUACCUCAAUUAAUACGUCAGGAUGUAGACAAUUUCCAGUAAGUAUGGUUAAGUGAAGAGCUACACUAGAACAUAUAGUUCUCUGGGUUAUUUUUUUUGUAGCAGAGUUUGGCUAUUUUCAGAAGUUGUCAUUGUUUGCAUACUGAAACGACUUUACUUUUUGGCUGCUUAUUUUAAGUGUGCUCAAACACAUACAUGGACUCCAAUCUCUCUUGGGUAGCUGCAUGACAUCCGCGAUGUGUAUAAAAAAGAAUAGAAUAAGUGUAAGUUUAUCUGGAAAUUUCAAGACCAUUGUUGGGUGAUUCCGGUUAAGGGUUUCACUGGCAAUUGUUACCUCAAUCGUGAUUCCUAAGAGACACAAGUCUUUUUGUUUAACAAUACUAACUAAUUCUUUAUAGAAAACACACGCGUGAGGGAUUUUGGGGCUACACAAUAAAUAAGUUGUAAAAUACAAAGACCGUUAAAAAUGCAUAUUUUCUCUGCACACAGUCACCUCACUAUUGGGUAGCCACUUGAACUUAGUAGUCAGCCCUAAUGUGUAAACAAAAAAAAUCAUCCAAAAAACCCCCAAAAAGUUUAGCAACACUAUAUGCAAACUGUAAGUUCACUUACCAAGCUCACGGUGAACGUUUUAAGUGAAUGCAAUUUUACAUAACUUGGCUGUUUUUAAGAACAUGCAGUACAGGUCUAGGGGUAUCUGAAGAUUAGGAGAAUUCUUCAGCACUUCUCCAGAGAGAGAGAGGCUUAAUAUUCAAAGAAAGACAACUAGAAUAGUGCGAGGUGUGCACAAGAGGAGCAGCUCUAAAUGUAUUGUUUUCAGCAAGGAAUUUGUGAAUUGGUCCUGAAGGAAAAAAACAUCCUUAAAUAGAGACUAUGCUCUUUCACCAGUGAAUGAACAGACAGAGCUAGUUUUCUAUCUGCUGUCAUUCUAUUAUCUAUAGUUCAUCUUAUGUUCUCUUCCUUGGUAGGAAAUUUGUAAAAGAGCAGAAACAAGUUCAAGAGGAAAUUAGCAGGAUGUCUUCGAAAGCAAUGCAGAAGGUCCAGGAGGAUACGAAAGCUCUGAAGCAGCUCUUAUCUGUUGCAUCCAGUAGUCUGCAGAGAAAUGCACUGGCAAUCGACAAACUGAAAAUGGAAACGGCUCAGGUGCAUACUCAGUAACUGUUUCUGUCAAGUGCUGUAUCAUUUUUAGAAUUAAAAAGUAAGAUAAAUGUAAUACUUUUUAAAGCAGCUUUUAACUGUGUAAAGCAGGUAUAUUGGUAAAUUACAAAAGUAAUGUAUGAAAUCGUCCAGUAAAUGUAGUUCUCAAGAUAGUGGUGUUUGUAUAAGUUUUUCCUAAAACAAUACUCCUUUUGUGCCCACCUUAGUAUAGGCUUUCAUUUAUUUAUUUUUUCCCUCCAAGGAACUGAAAAAUGCUGAAAUAUCUUUGAGGACGCAGAAAACACCCCCCGGCCUCCAGCAUGAGAAUACAGCUCCUGCAGAGUAUGUUUAUAUGGACGUGUUGGGAUCCUUAGAACGUGGCAGUUUUCAUCUCGUUAACAAGUGUUUUAACUUCUUGUCGAGUUUCAGAAUCCUGUUUAGAUAUUUAACACUGUUCCUUGUUGCUCAUAGAUGCUUUUAUCCAAUUUUAAUAACUAAGAAUUACUUUGUAGCUACUUCCGGUCAUUGGUGGAACAGUUUGAAGUGCAGUUGCAGCAAUAUAGACAGCAAAUAGAGGAACUGGAAAACCACCUCACAACGCAAGCCUAUAGUUCACACUUAACUCCUCAAGGUAUGUCCUUCUAAAGAUUUCUUAUCAAUAGACAAUAUUUUGUGUGGCACUGGUAGCUCAUGAGUUUAAUACCAAACACAUUUACCUUUAAGGCAGCUGUCAAUUUCGCUUUAUUUUUUUUAAUAAGAAAAACUGACUGACUGGGAAUUUCCAACAUGAUCUAGAUACAAAUAAGGGACUAUGUUCUGUACACAUGCGUGCGAUGAUCUUCCAUAGAGUCCUACUUUGUCUCAUUGCUCAUGCUUUAGCACACCCCAAAAAGGUUCACGGUGGGUUUGAGGCAGGGGUACUUAGGGAUAUAUUUAUUGAAUUAUUGAUUGUAUCAGUAAUGUAUGCUACAACACAUUACCAUUUCUAUGCUAGUUCCCUUCGUGUUUUUUUUAAAUAAAUCGUUGAAUUCAGCAGUUGCUUUUUUUAAUUGUUGCUUUAUAUUAAAUAAUGCCUACUUGUGUGCUGAAUCAAGUGCUCAUUUGGUUUGUAGAAUUUGUGUUCAUUUAUAGUCUGUUAAUGGUUAUGUGAAAAUAUCGGGUCUUUCCCAUCAAAUUUCUUAGUUUGCUGGUUACUGGAAAGCACAGUUGUAGGAAUUUGCCAAUUAGCGAGAUGAACAAAAUCCCAUGUACUUCUCAUAAUUAGAGCUUCUAGAUUCAUAUCUGUAACUCUUUCGGUUGUUAUAAAAGCCCAUAUGUGACAGUUUGUAAUCAAUGUUUUACAUAACUAUGUGGUAAUCUAGGUUGAAAAGACUUGUUUUCAUAAUGUUGAACCUUUAAAACCUGUUAUGCUGUUGACCUCAAUUGUUGCAAUUUUUCCAAUUAUGCUAUGAAAGGGAAAAUUCCUUCAUUCCAUAAUGUAAAUAAAAUUUCUCCUUGAUCAACAAACAAUUCACAUAUAUAUUAUAUCCUUGAAUAUUCUGUUUAUGGGAAAAAACAUCAAGCCCCUUUUAAAUAAAUAUCUGUAGAAUUUGCAAAGACAAACAAUGUAGGUAGAUAAUCCUACAUCUUCUUUCUGUAAAGAGCCCUUUCCUCUGCUGUAAGUGAAAACUCCUUUCUUCCACUCUCAAUGGGCAACAGCUUAUCUGUUGUAUAUUCCUGCUAAUGUACAUGUUACAUAUAGCGGUUUGCACUAUUUAUUUGUAGAAUGCCAUAUCCCAUCUGAGAUACCUUUUUAUUUUUAUAAAACACAUUUUUAGUCUUCAUAUCAUUUUCAAUUCACUUUAAUUUUGUAGUUUGCAUCUGAACUUUUUCUAAUUUUUAAAUAUCCUUUACAGAUCACAUUAACAUGCAGUGCAAUUAUGGGAACCAACUUUAAAGUGGCAAAAUUAUAUUUAUCACGUUAAUAAAUACCCCAUUGUUAUAAGUGACUGCACUUUACAAGUCUUUGUAAUGGCACACCAGCAUUGCAUAUUGGUGACUAGUUUAUCUUUAAGUGUUACCAAGUCCUUUUCAUUUGAUGUUUUUCCUUGAUCAACCAUUGAAUGUAGAAGUGGCUUGUUUUCCUUAUUCCAAAUACCUGACACUGCAUUUAUCUGUAUUGAAUGUAAUCUGCCACCUGCCUGCCUUAUCUCUACAUUAUCCAAAUCCCUCUGUACAGAAGUUGUGCAGUACUGCCUAACAUAUAAAUGUUGCAGCUACCACUUCAGGGAGAACCAUGGUUAAUUCUAUUUUUGUAGAGCUUUAACUUGCUUUUUAGAAAUCUUUUACCUUGCGCAAAUUUGUUUGUAAUUGUAUGUAAUGUCUGCUGUAAACCUGUUUCUACAGUUAAUAGUUUUGUUUUUCAGAUUUGUCCAUGGCAAUGCAGAAGCUUUAUCAAUCCUUUGUUGCUUUGGCGGCUCAGCUUCAGUCAGUACACGAAAAUGUUAAGGUAUGUGACAAUAUGCAUAUGUAGACAACGUAUCAAAUCCUAUAUACAAAAUGUUUUGUUUUUUUUUUUUAAAUCAAGGGAAGUGUCGGAAUAUAUUGCUGAUGGAACAAGUAAUUUGGAGUAAUGUGUGUACUUUUAUGGUUUCAAUUUGCAUCUAUUCCAUAAAUCCGAAUAAGUCACUUAAACACAUAAAAUGUGAAGUGUGGAUCAUUUGCCUGUCUUUUUUCUUCUGUGUACCAAGUGAUCCUAGCCACAAAACAUUAUUUGUAUUGUAUUCCAGAGAAUAGCAACAAUCCAGGGCUUUAUAGCAAAAUUACUUUUAUUUAUUUUACUAAUCUGUACAUUUAUUGAACACAAUGCCUACAUUGUACAUUCCUUUCUUUUAAUGUAACACCAAUCAAUUGUGGGUGUGGUGGUAAAUUCAUACUUUCUUUCAUGCAAAAGUCCACUUUAUAAUGUACUGUAAUGCAUGCAUUGGUCUCACACGAAAUUUUUGUAACUUACCAUAUGUAGUUUACCCUAACAAUUUAUUUUAAUGUACAAACAUUUAAAUAUGGAAUUCCAAUAAAAGGCUUAGAGCUGGAGACUCCUUAUUUCUGCACACAGCUUAUUGCCGUUAAGUUGUAUGGCUAAUCAUAGAGACUGGAUCUUUAUCUGGGUUUUUAAAAAAAAAAAAAAAAAACAUUUUUUGUCUGCACCCUUAAAAUGUGCCAUAAACCUCUGCAAAACAUAGUAUUCGUGGUGGUUAAAAUUCCACUUAAAAAUGAUACACACUUCAGUGCCACCACGUAAUCUGCCUUAUUUAAUGUGAGAUCUUUCCUUGCUGUUUUUUGUGUGUGAUAUUUAUGCAGUUUGCUGUAAAGUUCAAUCAAGUUGUUUUUAUGAGCUAUUGGCGUUGUCACACUAACACAGCUUUCCUUCAGAUGCUCAAAGAACAAUACCUUGGCUACCGGAAAACUUAUUUGGGGGAUUCCUCGGAUGUGUUUGAAGCGCGGAGGUUGGAAGUGAAGAAGUGGCAGAGCAUUCCGCACGUCACCACAGGACCCACCCCAUUCAACAACAUACCAAACGCUGCUGCUGUUGCUAUGGCUGCAACCCUUACACAGCAACAGCAGCCUGCUACAGGUCUGAAUGCAUUCACCUUAUAGAUCAUUACUGUCCUCCACUCCGUAAACUUCUGUCAACUUUCAUACUGGGUCUGUCUCUUUGCUGACAGUUUUUGCAUAUUCUCAGGACAUACAGAUUUUAGAAUAUGCAGGAUUAGACCAUAAUGUUAAUCCUUCUUAAUAACUGCGCGAUUGAUUGCAUUUUUAUAAUACUAUAUAACCUGUUUGGACGGAACUGUUGUCCGUCACUCAAAGGGUCAGUAACUAGUCUUGCCUCCUUUCCUCUCAUAUUUUGAGGGCAUUUUACGGUUUGAAGACAAUAGUGCUAUUUUCCUCUUUCCCCGAUUGCAAAGUAUUAUGCAGCUUUUAGUCUUUCUAGCCUAUGCUUGAGUUAAGCUACUGAGCAAAAUUCUUCCAAUGUUUAAAACUUAAUUCGCUAGCUAUCUCAUAUCCGUAAGCAAAAUAAUAGUGAUUAAGCCUUCCCAUGGCUUCAGAUGGGAAAGGUUUUAAUUCUUGUAAUCCAGAGUUUAAAGAGCCAACUAUAUUUGAGAGAUUACACUAUUCCAAUUGGGUAAAUUAGACCCACAUAGAGUAGGCAGGAUUGCUGUGUUCAGCAACACGUGUGACAAUAGUAGGUUUAGCAACGCAUAGUAGAUACGCAGUGAUCAUGAACUCUUGCAGUGUCACUGGGUGAGCAAAACUCAUUCUACCUUGAACUGCGAAUGUUAUAUCAAAUCGUAUGUACUUGUACAUUGGGUGCGUUCUAAGCAUUCAUAUGGUGACAAAUAUGUUGCUGUUUCUUUACUGAUACUGCCAUAGGUUAGUUACAGUACAUUGUAAAGCGUGUUUAGUAUUUACUUGAUUAUCCGCCUUCUUUCAUUUUACUUUUUUACAUAAAUUAUUAGUUCAGCACUACAAUUCAAACCAUUUCUCACAUAGGAAAUGUGAUCAUUUGAGUGAAUUGAUGCUCUAAAUUUUAAUUCUCAAAAACAUUAGCAAUGUGUCUUUGUUUUUCUCAAUGUAAAGAAGUUUAAGUAGUAUUUUGCAUUUUAGAAUGUGACCACGGUUGUCAUAUUGUCUGACAUGCACUAGUGCCAAGGAAUGAAUGUAAUUUUUAGUGUUCUUGGAUUUAUUUAUUUUUUUUGAGUGUAUUGUUUUCUCUGUAUAGUACGCUAAAAGUGGAUCUAUUCAGGUUUAAUCACCAUCAGAAAUGGCUGUGUCUAGUAGCAUUAAAUAAUUUUGGGAUCACCUAUUCAUUUAAGCUAUAGCAAAUACAAAAAUAUAAUCAAACUUUCUGCACAAGUACUUUGUAUGUUGGGGCAAACAAAUGGUCAGUUCCUUCUCCGUUAGUGAAGCUUGGUAAUAACUGGAACAUAUGAGAUGUUGGGUUGUUCUGGUUCAUUAUUCGGUGAUGUACAGCAUCCUGACAGGGAACACUAAAGGGGCAGUCUAGGCAAAAAGUGUUAUUUUUGCCUUUCAUCACCUGCUGCCAUCUCACGAUUCAAUAUUAAACCGUUUAAAAUGGCUUAACAUUGGUCACCUGCAGCCUGCCCCCUUGGAGGUAUGGCUAAGGUGUAGAUACUCUGCCUUAUCCAUACGAAUAAUGCGUGACCGGCUAAGAAUGGUCAGCGGACGCUCAGCCAAUAACUGACACACUUAACUGGUUUGGCUAAUGUGAAAGAAUCAGACCGAACAGCAGAGAGGGGCUCUGCUGCAGGCUGUCAGUGAGAACCCCCCCCCCACCCCCCCAAAAAAAAGACACAACCCAUAAAAUGUAACAUCUGGUUGAGUUACACUUGCUUACUUGAUAUUCAAAAAUUAUAUUUUUAUUCCAUCCCUGAUUACAAAUUACACUACAAAUUUACCCAGUGUUCUAUACUACACCUGAAUCCAGUAGGAGUGUGUGUUAGGUAUAUACAAGGGAAUGUUUUUAGACACAUGCUAUUUUUGUCCUAUAUGGAUAAAGAUGGUGGUUAAGUAACCUUGAUAACCUUGAAAUUGAAUGUGACAUACCCAAUUGUGUAUGGGGCUGCCCCUAAACUGGACAAAAGCAAUGUUGGUGUUGAAGGAAUGUGGGACUUAACGCUGCUCCCCUUUGUGCAAAGACUUGACUGCCCAGACACCCAGCAAUAAGCAGGCAAACCAACCAAGUACCUAUAUUUGUAAACUAGUCUUGUGCCGAAGGCAUUGGAGAAAGUAUGGCAGGGCUUAUAUGCCAUAAUGAGGUUUUAUAUUUAGGUAUUUCUUUUAAAGUACUAAACUGUAUAAAACUAUAUUGACUGGGUAGCCUCUUUUGACGGCAAGUUUGAGUUUUAUAUUAAAAGUACCUGUACCAAGCAGGUCACGGAGGAGAAAUCUCUAGCUGUUUUUGUUCAAACGGCAAUUUGCUUGGUGUACUUUGCAGGCUGUGUAAGACCGUGUAUCAGGCAUUAUUACCUCAAUGGCCCUACGAGGGGGACUAUAGAAUAUCUAGUUUAGAAGCAUCAGGGUUACAAAAGUUACAAUACCAAAUGGGCGUUAUUGAGGAAAAUAUGUGGUUAUUGCUUGCAAGGGACCUCAAAUUUUACUUUAAAGGGGAGCUUUCCUUCUUCCUUAUAUUUAAACAAAUGUGAAAUGAAGAAAAUGUAAAAAUCCACACCAUUGUGGUUUUUCUAUGCUAGAAUGAAGUGCCUCCAUUUUGGUUCCUUGUCAGUUAUUGUAAUAAGCUCUAGCCUUUCAUUGAAGGUAUUUGCAGUUGUCACUGCAUCCAGAUUUCCCAACAUCUUGCACCAAAUAUCUCUGUGGAGGCAGGGAUACUCUGUGGUCAGGCAACUGCAGAUUAGUGGCCUAAAAACUGCGAACGCAGGAGAUCUAUCAAAGUGUGUUCUGAAAAAUGUUGCAAAGUACGUCAAGUUGGCUAGUCAUUGUGGAGAUCACUGGAGUGAAAUUCCAACACCUCUAAUGUGAGUAUCUCAUAAAGAAUUUAUUUUUCUGAAAUGCAAAUUUUUGGGGGUGACAGAGCUGCCUUAAAUGGACAUGGAGCAUCACAUGGUUAAAAGGUUAAAUAGGCAGUUGUUAAUGACCUGCUCAUUUGGUAUUUAGAGAAGUGUUCAAAAUUCUCCACUUUGCCAUUUUGUACAUUAUAAUACAUAUAAGGUAAGCACUGCACUAGCCUCAAAUUUAAAAGUAUAUGCGAAUUUACUCUAAAUUAUUUCAUUUUGAUUUAUUUAAUUAAGAGUUGCAAUAUUUUCCUCUCUGGACAAAUUGCAUGUUCUUUGAAUAGUGAGUUAUGGAAACCUCACUAACAUAUUUAUAUUUGUACAUCUCAUUGUGUGUGGCAAAAUGUUAAGUUUAUAAUCAGUAUUGGGAUCCACUAAUUUAUAGGGUAUGUCUCUUAUUUAGUUUCAUACAUUUUUACAUACCUUUUUUGCAUCAUAGGUGAAAAGGAUGGCUUUUGUGCUGCACUUGAUGAACUGUGCAAAACAUGGCGAAAUCCUUUCUCUUGUUUACAACUCAAUUUAAGUGAUUGUAAUUAAGUGCAACUUUCAUGCACAAAUCUAUUUAAAUAUUACUGAAAACUGAAUAUUCUUGUCUUAGAUUUGCGUAAAUAUCUGGUCACGUUACCCAGCAAAUGUGAAGUGUGUGAUAGAUUGUAUUCUUGGCGUUAAGGCUGACAUUUCAAUUUAAAUGUGGCGAUUACAAUAUAAUUGGUAUUCUAAAAAAAAUGCGCUUAAGCUUUCUCGACUAAAACAUUGUGAAAGAGUGCUUAGUACAUGGCUUACAAAUCCUAAUAAUGCAGCAAAAACUACUUUUAAAGAACAAGCAUGUGACUUACAUGAAAGCUGAAACAUCUUAACUUGUGUUAUGGCUCGUACAGCUUUGACUUUUGAACUGAAUAUUUUUUUCCCUGUAACGAGUGGUUGGGGGAGUUAUGGGUGGGAGGAGUUGUCGUGUGUGCAUAUAAAAAUUUUUUUUUUGUCUUUUAGGAAGCAGACUUGUAACAAAGGCAAACUACCUCUGCCAACUGGCGUCAUGUGCGUUGCGCAUGUGAUUUUUUUUUUUUUUGUUUGUUUUUGAGUAGAACUACUACAUUUUUCUUUGAAUCCAUUAGUUCCUGAAAGUCUGAUCAGUCCUUCAGUUAGUACUCCUUGAGUUUAGACGGGUCUUCCUUAGUACAGCGUUUUAGUUUGUGGUUUUUUUUUUUUAAAUAGUUUUAUGCAUUUUUAAGAGCCUUCAGGCCAAAUUCAUGGUACAUGAAAGAUCAUGUAUGUUUGUAAUGACUCUUUUUAAGGAACAGGAUCCACAAGUAAGCCUUUGAUAUAACUUACACAAGUUUUAAUGUUUCUUUUAUUUGCUUCUGGGAUGUAUAUUAUAGAUGAGAAAUAGAGCGCUGCUUCUCCAUAUCUGCUUUCUCAAUCUUUUGGGAUGGAAGCCUGGGAGAGCUACCAGGCUGGGGCACCACUAAUAGGACUAGCUUGGUCAGCCAGUUAGUAACUCUCCAUUCAAAACCGCUUGAGAAAGAUGCACACUUAAAGCUACUAAAGAGGAACUGUUGCAUCAGAUGUUUCUCCCCAGCCCAAAUGGCUGUUCUAAUUUAUUUAAUUCAAUUCAUUUAAAAUCCUACGGCAUCACUGAACAAAAUGCAGAGUGCACAGAGAAAAUAUAUGGUGAUUCAGAGGCUGCUGUUAAUUUGGUAAAUUGCUUCCCUGUGAUAGCUGGGAAAAGGUGACCUGCAAUUCUCUGUAGACAAAGCUGAGAAAUAAUUGCGCUGGAAUGUUACAAAACUUUUUUUGUGAAUGUUACAAAACAUUUAGGGUUGAACAUUUUUUGCCUCUAUUUUUUUUUAAUUUUUUUUUUACAGUCUUUAUUUUUGCAGUGCUUAGAUUGAACAAACAAGCUUGUAUCGCCAGGAAAGCAGGUACUAGCCAGUGAAAUAAUACAUAUUAUACAAUAUCGUGGCGAUCAUUAACAGCACUGUUUUUAAUGGGUUUUUUUUGUCUUUUUUUGUAAGCGUAAAACAAUAUAGAUAGUUAUAGAUAGAUAUAGAUAGUUAAUGAAUUUUAAGGAUCAUGAGUAAUGGCAUGCAUAACAUUGUAGACAUAGGUGUUAAGCGGGCUAAACAUGCUAUAUAAAUGAGUCUGCGUGUGAGGCUUUACACUACGUUUCCUUUAUGGCAUAACCUUUCAGACAGGGCUAUAGUUAGAUGGGUAUAUAAAACAGGAAAAAUAGUACCACUGUUACGGACUGGAACACUGUUGGUUGGAAGAGAGAAGACAUAAGAAAACAUAGGAAAUCAUAAGAAAACUGUUGCCCCAAAUAUGCUAGCAAGCCAGUGUAGGUAAUGAGUGAGGGACCUCCAGUCCUAGGCUCGGGAUUUUGUGCAUCUCAUCCUAUGCCCAUUUGACACUGCGGUGAACCCGGCAGAUUUUUGUUGCUAGAGUCCCAUAUAGCGGUACCCCACUGGCCCAGUGCUCUCUGCCCUCCGGUCCUGGUCCACUACCUGGAUGUAGUCUUGGCAUCCGCCGCCAGUGACCUGCCAUGCACGCUGAGUCCUUGUUUCCCUGGGAUUCAGGCCAUGGUUGGACUGAGGCUUAGGUAAGUGAGGGCUGCCGCCGGUGCAGCAUUUCUGCGGCCGCCGCUCUCUCAGCUUCCUCACUUUCUGCCUCCCAGAUUUUGGUGCUGAGGUAAAGCAGUGAACUGUGGGUUUUGCAGGUUCAAGCAGAGUUGAGGUGGGAGCCCUCAGUGGUUGUCGCUGGGUUUGUACGGGUGAGGUGGAAAUUAGUGAGCAGCUUUCUAUGCAAGUCCAAAAAUCUUGGCAGUCUGUCAAAACUGUCCGCAAUGCUUUCCAGCCAGUCUGGGCACCGUGGGUCUGCAUGGUUCCCUGGGACAGUAGUCAUGUCGGCAAUCUUUGUUCAGCCACGUGGUCUCAGGAUUAUCAGAGACUGCGGUUGCGGCAGCUUGAUUGGCGUGAUGAAUGUUCCCUGUGGUGACCGGGAUCUCCCCCGCCGGUCAAAAGGGGGAGGGGGGGGGGUAGUAACUGGGCUUCAGGUGGUUCACUGUGGGGUGUGCAGUCCGCAGCGGGAGAUCGGCUGCCUCUCCCAGCCGAUGGAUUCACAGUCGGUUCCGUUCAGUUUUAGCCCAUUUAGGCCUUGUGCUGGCCGGAGCUGAUAGAAAGCACGUCUGGCCAGCUUGAGGAUCAGGCCCCGCCCCCGCCUUUUUAUUUUUUAAUCUAAAGUAGUGUUUUUUUGCUUUCUUUUUAUUGUGCCUUCUGCCUUAUUUUGUUUGCCUAACUAAUUCAUUUGGCUGCUAUAAUCAUAGUUGUCUAGGUUGAAGAAAAGUCUAAAUUAUUCAGGUUCAACAGUAAAGCCUGUUUUGUGCUGUUAAUCCAAAAGACCAAAAAAACAUUUUAGCCAUUCCAAAUUAUGCCACAAAAGAGAGAAAUCCUCGACUCCAUAAUGGCAAUCCCAUAUCUCCUUUGGUCAACAACCUGUUUAUACAGAUCAAUUCUAUCCUAAUAUCUAAAAUUAUUUGGCUAUUGCAUCUGAUAAAGCAACGUCUUUAUUGUUCUUUCUGUAAAGAACUUUCCUCUGCUGUUUGCAAAAACUCCUUUUUUCCAGUAUCAAUGAGUGACCGCUUGUCUGUUGUAUAUUCUGAUAUGAUAGAGAAGUUAUAUCAAGUUCAGACUGUAUUUUCAAACCUAGUUUUGUCUCAUCUACAAACACCAAUAAAUGACUUUCAGUGCCCACUUCAAGAUCAUUUAUAGAUUAAUGAGAAGUGGACCCAGGGCAGAAGCCCUGAGGCACUCAAUGGACCACUUUUGUCUGAUUUGAAAAUGUUCCAUUUAAAACUACUUUCUUGACUCUAUAUGUAAGCCCAUGUUCUAUCAAAGAACACAUUCCCCCCCCCCCCUAAAGCAACUGAUUUGUUUUAUUGGUAAUCUUUCGUGUGGAACUGUCUCAGAUGCCAUAGCAAAACCCAAGUAGAUCACAUCUACUGGAACACAGUAAUCCACAUUUCUACUAGCUUCUUCAUCAAAUUCAAUUUAAAACCAUGAUGCUUCCUGCAAAUUUGUUUAAUUAAUGGAUGUUAUCCCUUAACAUUUCCAGCCAGUCAAUUGUAAAGAUGCCUUUAUCCCUUUGAAUCUAGCAUCUUAAAAAUGUUUUUUUUACAGACCAUAUUUUUGUGUUAACCUCAAUGUUAUGGUCACGAUUUCCAAUGUGCUCCCCCUCUUGAAUUUUGGGGGAAAAAGGAAACAUCCAGACAAGUGUCUCCUCUAGUUGGCUCUUCUACUAAAUGAGACUUGAAUUAAGUUCAAAAACAUGUUUAACUGUACCACUAAUCCAUCUGGCCCAAUCAGUGUCGAGAUAAUUAAAAUCUCCAUGAUUGACAAAUUACCCAGUUGUGCAGCCUUAUUAAUUUUAAGUUAACAGUUGCUUUUCCAGAUCAGUUGGAAUGGUAGGGAACUGUAACAGAUUCUUGAUAUUAAUGGAUAUCCCCAGUUUCCUUCUAUGCAUACUUCUAGCAAAAAGACUCCCCUCAUCCUCACCUAUAAUAUCACAUACAAUUUCUUCAACACUUCAACACUUGGCUUUAAAACAGAUUUAUUAUUUUUUUUAUCCAUUGAAAAUAAUGUAUCCAUUUAAAUGAUUAGCACAAUCAAAUGUUUUAUCCAAGUAUAAGUAAAUCCGUAAUCCCAAUUAUUACACUGUUCCUUGUAUGCCAGUUUUCAAGCCCCCCAUUUUCCUACAAAAUCGUCUUGCCAAAAAAAAAAACCUUACUGGCUUUAGCCACUGCUGAUUGACAUUCCUCAGUGUUGCCUAGUUUCUUGUCUAUAACAAUUCCCAAAUCCUUCUUGUUAUCCCUAGUUCACUACCAUUUAGUGUGCAAGUUACUUGUGCAUUCUUUAUCUGCUAUUUGAUUGCCCAUUCCCCCAAUCUAUCUAAAUACAUCUACAGCAAAGUAAUAUCCUACUCACAUUGUAUUACUUUAGAGUUUAUCAUCUUGAAACACUGAAACAUGACUUGCAAUGCUUAUUUAAUCCCUUCAGGACGGAGUCAAUAGUGCACGUUCUGAUCAAAACAAAACGUAAACAAAAACGGGAAUUUGCGCUUUAUAUCUGUUCAACCGUAAUUCACCGCUGUCACAUUAAGUGCACCCACACUUAUUAUAUAUAAUUUUGUUCAGGAGAAACAGGGCUUUAAUUUAUCAUUAACUAUUCAUAUAUGGAACAUAAUUUAUUAUGAAUAAAAAUUAAAAAAAAAUUGGAUUUCCGUCUGACAUUUUAGCUGUGAAUGUCAUAAUACUGUUAAGUUUUACUGCAAAAAAAUGCACAUAUUUGUAAUCAGCGAUGUCUCACAAGUACAACAGUACCCCCCAUUAACAGGUUUUAUGGUGUUUUGGAAAGUUACAGGGUCAAAUAUAGAACGUUUCAUUUUCAAAUUGAAAUUUGCCAGAUUAGUAAUGUUACCUUUGAGACGGUGUGGUAGCCCAGGAAUGAGAAUUACCCCCAUAAUGGCAUAUAAUUUGAAAAAGUAGACAACCCAUGGUAUUGAAAGUGGGGUAUGUUUAGUCUUUUUUUAGUAGCCACUUAGUCACAAACACUGGCCAAAGUUAGCUUUCAUAUUUGUUUUUGUGUGAAAAAAGCAAAAAACUAAUAUUUGGCCAGUGUUUGUGGCUACUAAGAAAGACUGGACAUACCCCACUUGCAAUACCUUGGGUGGUCUACUUUUGCAAAUGGAGGUACGGUAAUUCUCAUUCCUGGGCUACCAUACGCUCUCAUAGACAACAUAACCAAUCUGGCGAAUUUCAAUGUAAAAAAAAUGAAAUGCAAGCCUUAUGUGACUCUCUAACGUUCCAAAACACCAUAAAACCUGUACAUGGGGGUUACUGUUAUUCUUGGGAGACUUCACUGAACACAAAUAUUAGUGUUUUAAAACAGUAAAACAAUAAUAUAGUCCACAAAAGUGCCGUUUGUUUGUAAAAAAUGCAAAAAAGUCACUUUUACUUAAAAUAUCAUCGUAAUACAUUUUACCAAUUUGAAACACUAAUAUUUGAGUUCAGCCAAGUCUCCCGAGUAAAACAGUACCCCCUAUGUACAGGUUUUAUGGUGUCUUGGAGUGUUACAGGGUCAAAUAUAGUGCUUGCAAAUUAAAUUCUCUGCACUUCCUCCCUGUUGUCAGGCAUGUCAAUCAAAUUUUAAUUAAUAAAAUCACAUAAUUAUGUUAAAAGAUUUCUUAAAUAUACAUGUAGAAUUUUAAUAUAUAUGCAUUUAUAGGUAUUUAAAUUCUACGUGUAUACUAAUAUAAUCUUUUAUGUAAUAUGUGUAUAUAUUAUAUAUAGAUAUAUAGAAUGUCUUUCUAAGCAUUUUGUUAUCAAUAUAUUAACAAAAUACAGUUAGAAUGAAAUUGCAUAUGAAUAUAUAAUUUAUAUUAAAUUGUUUCAAUAUUUUAUUGUAAUUAUACGUGUAUAUAUAAUGUGUAUAUAUCUAUUAUAUAUAACGUCAUUCUAAGUGUAUUUUAAUACUAAUAUAUGUACUUACAUUAAUAUUAAAAUACACUUUGUAUGACGUUACAUAUAUACUAUAUAUAUUUAUAUAUACAUACAUAUUUCUAUUUUACUUUAAAACCUGUCUAAGAUUUUUUUUUUUUUAUUACUUUCCCACCAGCAGGGGGACUGUCUGACAUUUCAGACAGCCCCCUACUGGCAGUUCCACAGCCAGCUAUAGGGGGCCCAUCUGAUCGCUCUUUGAGAGUGAUCACAUGGCCCCCCGGGGCCUGAUUUGCCAGGGGAGGGCUGCCUGGGCUGUCAGGCAGCCCUCCAGAAGAGGAUCGCGGCGGAGGUGAGUACCGCGGACCUCCAGGGGCUCAAAGCCGUUACAUCGUCCUAUGCCGCCGCAACAGCUUUAAAGCCCACUUAAUGCGGGAUGGCAUAGAACGCCGUAACAGCAUUAACGGGUUAAAGAUCUAUUAUGAAGUUAAAUAGAAGAGGUGCCAGAACAAACUUUGAGGGGCCGCAUUUACCACUUUUUUCCAGCUUGAAAAUUUACCAUUAAUGACAACUCUGUUGUACUCUACUUUUAUGCCAAAAAUUUUCAUCUAGACAACUUUCUAGAUUCUGAUCUAUACUUCUUCUUAGAAUACAAGUAGGUCAGUUUGACAUGACUUGUUUCAUAAACCCAUGCUGAUUAUUUCUAAUAACAAUGUUCUUUCCAAUGAAUUCCUGGUUAUCCCUUAACCCUUAAAAUACUUUCCUAACCACAGAAGCGUAAUUCCAAACACACGUGUGUAUGAAUUAUGCUACAUAUUUAAUAGCUAUAUUACAAUAUAAGCGCCUGAAUAGCUGUUUUGUUUUUCUUUAAGCAUAUAGAGGAUGUCAGAUAAAUUUACAAAGAACUAAAACAAUUGUAAACGAUAUUUGCUACUCUGCAUUCAUAGGUACAAAAUGCAAAAAUGUUUGGUGUAGAAGCAAGUCAGACUUGGUAUUGUUACAGAUUAUUUUUUUGUGUGCAAUUUGAUAUUUAAUAUUGAAAUCAAGAUGACUUUAAAGGAGAUUUGCCCUCUUGUGUUUUUAUAUAUUAAAGUUGAAGGUGCUGAUUUGAAACUUUUCUUCACUAAUUACUCUGAAAAGUUGUCUUUAAGACAAGUAAAUUCAUUAUUGCUUUUGAUUAUUAAAAUUGCUUUCUUGAUUAAAAUUGUUUUAUUUAUUAUGGUUCCUUAAAGGGACACUACAGUCACCAAAACAACUUUAGCUUAAUGAAGCUGUUUUGGUGCAUAGAUCAUGUCCCUGCAGUCUCACUGCUCACUUCUGUCAAUUGGGAGUUAAAUCACUUUGUUUAUGCAGCCCUGGACUCUCCUCCCUGCAUUUGACUUUCACUGCCACAGGAAAGGUGUGGCUAGGGCUGCAUAAACAGAAACAAAAGUGAUUUAACUCCUAAACAGCAGAGAAUUGAGCAGCGAGACUGCAGGGGCAUGAUCUAUACACAAACUGCUUCAUUCAGCUAAAAUUGUUUUGGUGACUAUAGUGUCACUUUAAUUGUUGCAUUAAGAAUGUUUUAAAGUGUCUAAAUAUCAGAAGCCUUCUAUAUUUAGUGGUUCUUCUACUUUGUUUUGGACAAGGGUCCGUGUUAUGUAGAGGAUAUUCACUUGAUGACAAAUCCUUCUUUUGGAAAAUUGUCUCAAUGCCCCUUCAAGUAUACUAUAAGACUUGAAAACCCCCUUAAGUACAUUCUUUGUGGGUUCAAAAGGUAUCCACUUUUUUUUAUUUUUAUUUUUUAACAUAAUUUCAUUUAUGACCUGGUUAAUUUUCAUAAGCUUUCAAAUUUCGUGGACAUCACAUUUGUGAGCACUCUAUUCUGCCAAACACUGAUAAUUUAAUUUGUGUGUAUAUUCAAUGCAAAUAUGAGAGCCCCACUAAUCAGAUGUGUUCGAAGACUAAGCUCAAUUUUUUAUAGGUUUCUGGUGUAUUUUCACAUUGCGAGUGUACCUCGUUAUCCACCAUAUUACUAUAGUGUCUUGACACUAUGCCAGAGCUGCACUGCACUGUAUUUAUGGGGCUUUAUUUUCUCAGGAUGGUAGCCCAUCAGCCUUUGUAGUGGAGCAUGUAUACCAGUCAAUGCAUUCUGCUAAUAUAGUGGUGACUAAGUUCUGGCUUGCCAGUUGUGUAUUAUCAUAUGCAAUCUUGAUGAGCCAUCUGUGUGCCAGCAGAACUGCAGCGCGACUUAUAGGCCGAUCCUGUUUUUCCUUUUUGUAAACGCUGCUCAUAUAAUGUGUGGCACAAUUGUCUACAUUUUUUACACAUCUGCCUUUUUGGCCUUGGCAGGGCCAAAAUCUUGAAUUUCUUCUCAUUUUACAUUUGAUUGUAGUUCUUCUUUCAUAGUAUUUCAUCUUAUACACUGUACAUUCACACUGUAAAUGUUUAGAUGGCUGCAACAUUGGUCACUUCCACAUUCCUGUUGCAUCAAUGCAAUUCCAAGCUGAAGUGAAUUAAUUUUACAGAUUCUUCCUUGACUGGUUCCGUGCGGUAAUCCGUAUGGUAAUGUCUCUCAAGCACUGGCCCAAGGAAAGAAAUGAUACUUGUGAUUUUUCUUUUCUUCUUUUUUUCAUGCCAUUUUUCAGGGUGCUUCCAGAUUCCCAGCCAUCACUUUGUGUGAACACAUUUGAAUUGUCAUGUUACCAUUUGACUUGCUGAAAAUUGAUCAAUAAAUUGAAUACAAAAUGCACUAUUGUCUUGUUUUUUAUCUACUUAGAUUCAGUUUUCUAAAACACAUUUACAUCAAAUGAUUGCAGAUACAAUUUCAAUUUAUAUAACCUUUAUAUUUUAAAUAUCUGUAACAUGAGUAUUCAAACUUACUUGGGACAUUUGGAUACCGGCCCGUAAUGAUUCCUCAUAAAUGCUAUUAACUCAUUUCUGUCUUAAGGGUUUCUUUUAUGUUUUGCAGAGAGUAAGGAAAGUAUUUUAUUAUUUUUUUUUUUUGUUUGGUUUGUUUCCUUUUUAUUUUUUACUUUAUUUUCAUAUUAGGGCCACGGCCACCUCUGGGAGUUAGUUUUGGAACUCCCUUCGGCUCAGCCAUGAACACUGCCUUGCAGCAGCCAAGUGGUUUGGGGUCUUCAAGCCUUGGAGGUACAUUUUCUACAUUCUAAUUUAUUGUAUAAAUAUAUAUUGGACAUCCAAUAAGUCUAAAAAUCGAAAUAAAACAAAUAUAGUACUGUUUGAAGUGGUUCAAUCUUCUUAAAGGGGCACUCCAGGCGUUAAUAUGUGCAGUGUGUCGGUUACAUUAAAUUUAGUUAUACAGAGUUGUUUUUGUGGUCUUGGAGAAUUGUUCUUUAUAAACCCUUUUGUUCCUUGCAUCUUUGAAAGUUUCCUAUUUUACUCCAGAAAUAUACUUUGUGUGAUUUCUCCAACUACAUAGCAAAGGCAUCAUGGUGUUGUAGUGUUUUUUUUUGUUUUUUUUUUAAAUAUUCUAUAUUGCAUAUGAUGUAUUGAGCCACCUCCAUUUUGACUUAACAAAAACCUUUCCCAAACAGGAGUAUAGUUUAAAGGAGCACUAUAAGAUCAGGAACACCAACAUUUAUUCCUGACCCUAUAGUGGUAAAAGCACUCUGACCGUCCCCUUAAGUAUAGUAAAAUUUUACCUUUAUUCCAGUCUGCUGUGGGUCUCCCCCUGAUCUGCUUGCUUGGAUGACAUCAGAAGUGGUGAUCAAAGCCAAUCACAAAGCUUUGGGUUGGCUGAGCUUAUCAAGGAGGCAGAUCAGGAGCAGAGCCAGCACAAGCCAAACAGAGCUCUGGCCAAUCAACCUCUCGGAGAUGUAUUGAAUAAUUGCAUCUCUGAGGAAUGUUUAGUGUCUUCAUGCAGAGGGUUGAUAUAGUGUGCAGCACUGGCCCAGGAAGCACCUCUAGUAACUGAGGCGUGGCCAAUGGAGGUAUCCUGUAAUUUAAACACUGCCUUUUCUCUGGAAAAAAGUGACUGCUGGGACGGAGUGUAAUAAGUUGUAGUUUUUUCUGGUGAUUAGUGACCUAAAUAAAAAAUUAAAUAAUAAAAGUAAUGCAUUAUGCAUACUAAGAUAUGUAGUGUUUGGAACUGUGCUACAAACUUCAAAAUCUCUGGACUUGGAAGAAAUAUGUAGGAAAAUGUGAUGCCAGCAGCACAAAUUACAAAGUAGCCUUUUGGGAAAGAUAUUAAGAUAUUAGAAUCUGAUUUGCAGACUCCCUUCAUGCUUGCCACUGGAGGAAAGAGGUAAUUGGUCUUUGUACUCUGAUAGCAGAAACAAACUUGAAAAGGAAAAAAUGUGCAAAGCUGAUAUGACCCCUUAAAGGCGUGCUAAACACACCUACAAAUUAUGCAUGAUGGUUAGGUUAACUUUGGCUAUGCUUUCUAGUGGUGGUUUGUGUUUUGAUAAGACCAUGCUCAGCUGGGCUUUUCCAUUGAAAAGCACCGCAGUGCUUUUAAAAAAAUUCAGCAAGCAUUGUAAUUUAAAACAAUAUAAAAAAUGCACAACCUAAAAAUAUAAAAAGCAAAGGGAGACCGCAACAGUGUAGAUAAAACACUAAAAAUAAAAAAUAAACUAAAAUACACUCAAAAACGUAGAGAUAAAAAGGCAGGGUAUAGAGAAUCUCUUCAAGUGCUUGUUCUCUUCUAUCCCAGAAUGGAAGUUUGGGACAGGAACAAAACAUAGUUUAUAACUGUGUAAAAGAAUAACUUUAUUUGGAUACACUUACAAAAUAAAAGUGGUAGAAAGGCUCAUCAAAUCCCUCAACGUCUUCCCAGUCAGGAAAAAAGAGUAACCAUCAGAAUUGGAAGAAGAGGUAGAUGGAAAAAAGUCCACAGUAAAAAAACAAAAAACAAUCAAAUAGUAGUAAUCCAGCCACCCUACGCGUUUCGUCUUAAUGACUUUGUCAGGGGCAUGUGGCAAUAAUACCUGACUGGGAAGACGACGGAUUUGAUGAGCCUUUCUACCACUUUUAUUCUGUAAGUGUAUCCAAAUAAAGUUAUUCUUUUACACAUACAGUUAUACACCAUGUUUUGUUCCUGUCCCAAACUUCCAUUCUGGGAUAGAAGAGAACAAGCACUUGAAGAGAUUCUCUAUACUCUGCUUUUUUAUCUCUACGUUUGUGAGUGUAUUUUAGUUUACUUUUAAUUUUUAUUUUUAGUGUUUUAUCUACACUAUUGCGGUCUCCCUUUGCUUUUUAUAUUUUUAGGUUGUGCAUUUUUUAUAUUGUUCUAUGGUUUAGAAGACAUUGCGGAGUCUUCACACUUCCUAUUUAUACAGGGUAAUUUAUAUAUUUUUUCCCCCUUUUUAUAGCCACAAGGGUUUCUUUGCACUUGGUGCAAAUCUUUUGUAAGCAUUGUAAUUUGCAGAGUUCUUUUCUAGUUUAAGGAGUGCUCAAUGCAGAAGCUGCAAGACAAAUUAGUAAACAAAGGAACUUCACGUGCAAUUUUAUUUUAUAUACACGCAUAGAAAAGGACUUAACUCCAGCCUGGAGUGUCCCUUUUAUAAUAUUUUAUGCUACAUAUGUCAUGUUUGUCCAACCACUUGUCAUAAAGGUAUACAUAUAAAUUAUUCAUUUUUAAAUGGGGUAUUUUGAACAUUGUUACAUUCCUUAAGUUUAAUGCAGUCACAUAAUUUUUCAUUAUGUCUCCUAUUGCCUGCAUUCCUGCUUAGCUAAUUCACGUGUGUGCUGUCUGCUUACAUGUACAGCCUGAUAUCCUUUUUACCUUUCACCUAUCGGUUAUACCAGUCAUUAUCACUGUAGGAUAUUCCUUAUUAAAACCAGGAUUGCAUUAAUAUGUAGAAGCUUUGAAUUGCUUUCUUUUGUAAAACCUAAAUUAGAUCUAUGAACAUGAAUAAAUCCUAAAAUAAGAAAAAUAAAACCUGCAUAAAAUCAAUCACUAAAUUGCUAUAUUUAGAGAAGUAUGUGUUUUCUGAAAGAGUACUUUAGAUGUGUUCUAGUAGUUGUAUAGAGUUCAAGAAACCUGCACCCGUUGUACAGUGCUGUGGAAUUUGUUGGCGCUUUAUAAGUCAUAUUUGUUCCUUCAGAAAGUCUACAUUAUAUUGCAGACGGGGAGAGAAGGGGCUUCCAUUAUGAUUUGUGAAUUUUAUGGUCAUGGACCAUAAUUUAAAUUAUAACGCCAUCACAGAACACUUAACCAGACGAAAGCAAGGCCAACUAGGGUUGUUCUUGUAAAUUUAUUUCUGCAGCAAGUCCUGUCAUUUAUUUAACUUUUUUGCAUCUUUAAGUUUGUCUUGUGUGUUACUGUUAACUGUAAAAUCUGUUUACACCAAUGCAUUAAUAGCGUUUUGUAAUCUGGAGUUAGACCACUUACUUUCCUAUAAACCUCACCCACAGGUACCUUGCAUAAUACGUGGACAAUUAUCUUCAAGCACAAUCGUCCUUUAGAAUGAUAAAAAUGCCCUCUAUAUGGUAUAUUAAUCCUAAAUCCAGUUACUUAAGCGUGUUCAUCCUCUGAGAAUAUAAUGUUGCAACCCAGAAGUGUGCAACAAAAUCAAGGAAUUGGGCACUACUCAAGCCCCUUUACUUGAAUGAGGAUCCAUUUACUAGAUAUCCUAAAAGUAUCUUGUGUAUAACCCUCACCCAGCAGAACAUGGGUGUUAUUCUGACUCUAUGUAUAUGUAAGUUUCAUACCCACUUUCUGGUUUGAAUGAUUUUUUUUGAUUUUUGUUUAGCACUUUUAGUUUUUGGAUUGCGCUUUUGAGAUCGCACUUUAAGUUAUCGUUAUAGAACAGUAUCCACAACUUGUGUAUAAUUUAACCCAUUUAUCGAACUGUGAAUUGAAUUUGGAAGAAAGGCGGAAAAAUAUUUUAGGUUUUCAGCUUUCAUUGGUUGGCUGAAUGUUUCUGGCAUUUGUCAAAAUAUUCUUUGAUCACAAAGAAUGCAAAAAAGUGGGGGAAAAACAAACCAUAUUCUAUAUAUUGUGUGCUACAAUUCGGUAAGGUUUGUAGCUCAUCUGUAGUCCAUGAAGUGGAUAUUACCUUUUAGUUAAUCCUUGUCCUCCCAUUGGGUUUUAGUGGGAUUGCUGUACUUACCUCAAACUAUUUGAUAUGUAGUUCAACUAUUCAUUUUCUAUGGAGAAUGCAAAGUAGACCUGAUGCUUGUAAUUUCGUUAAUGAGUAAACAUGAAAACGGUUUGCACACUUAAUAUACACUACAGACUUCUAGACUUGUGGUGUAUGUACCCAGAUGCUAUAUAAUGCUUACAGGAGGCACAAAAUGGUUUCUGGUGAAUGUACACCUGUAUUUUUUAUUUUUAUUUUUUUUUUUAACCACUUCCUCUUGGAAGAGAGAGACCGCGGCAUAAGGCUAACGUUAACAUGGUUUGAUGGGACUUUCUAACAUGAAAAUACUUUGUGCCACAAAAUUUAGUUCAUGGUUGACUUUAAAUUUUAGUAAGGUUACUAAAAUGCUGUAUGUAGUCACUGUUGUAGAUUUAUCAGAUUUAUUUAUUUUUUUCAGCCCUGAAGUGGCAUUAAGAUCAGAGGCGAAAUAGACUUCAGUUCUCAAAAUACAACCCGAAAAUUAGAUUUAUUUAUUUUUAAUAAAAUGGUGCUGAUCAAUUAACUAUAUAAAUAGUUUGGGGAAUUAAAUGAACGCUACAGUGUUGUGAAUACAAAGCUGUAUUCACAACACUUUAGUGUUUCUCUCUCUGCCUCUAAGCAACCCCUCUCCGCCAUUUGUCAUUUAAAGUGUUAAACAUCAGCGUUGGCUCCUUGGCUACUCUGAGAAUAGAGGGGGGGAAACCUAAUGUGCAUGCGAGUGCCGCACACCCAUUUGGCCUUCCCAUAGGAAAGCAUUGAAUCAGUGCUUUCCUAUAAGGUUUUUCCAGACGCUGGGUGUCCUCAUGCAAUGCGUGAUGUCCAGUGUCGUUUCACAGAGCUAAACUGGAAGCAGCUCUAGUGGCGGUCUCGUCUCUGCAAUGUAAACAUUGCAGUUUACCUAAAAUUGCAAUGUGUUUAGCUGCAGGGUUAAGGGGACAAGGCACCCAGCCUGGGUUCCUGUAGUGUCCCUUUUAAUGGUAAAAAUCUCUAGAUCCUUAAGAUUUUUUUAUUCUUUUAAUAACUUGAAUGCCAAUAAAGUAAAAAUUUGACAAAAUUAAACCCUCGUUAUCUGUGGAAACUGUAUUUUUUGUUUAAGUUGUGUUUGAGUCAGUUGCACUCUUUCAUUUGACUGUGCUAUCGAACUGGAAUCCUUUAGAGCAGGGGUUCUCAACCCAGUCCUCAAGGACCCCUACUAGCCCAGGAUUUAGGAAUUACCUGGGUGUGUCUAAGGUGUUUAGAAAAAGAGGAAAAAAGAGUCCAAGAUUUUUUCCUCUUUUUCUAAACACCUUAGGCACACCCAGGUAAUCCCUAAAUCCUGGACUUGUAGGGGGUCCUUGAGGACUGGAUUGAGAACCCCUGCUUUAGAGCAACAGAACAGGUUUUAAAGCAGUUAAAGCAACAAUACAAUUUUUUUUAAUUUUUUUUUUUUAAAAGAAAUAAUGUAUACUACUUUUGUUCUUUGACUUGCAGUAUGUCCAGUGAGCCUUAUUAUUGGCUAAUUUCCCCAAAGCAUUUUCCCAUUGGCAGCAAGGAAUAACAUCUGAAUUUACCACCUUUUACAGAAUAUUCUCGGCAUGAAUUGUUUAGUGUUCUAAAAUAGAAACACUUGGUGCUCUUUUGAUUUAGAAGAUGGCUUACCGUGUAUUAUGUUUUGAUAGCGGUUUCUAAACUCUUUUCCUUUAGGAAGCAUUUGUUUAAAACAGUGUUCCUUACACUUCCUAAAAUGCAUCUUGGACCAUUUAAUCACGGCCACCAUAGUACGGCAUUCUAGACCUAUGUAGCAUUCAUGGGACCAUCUGUGGAUUAAGAUUGAACUGCUCUUACUAAAAUAACAAACUAGUCCAUCUUAUUUCUCAAUUUGUGUAAUGAGUGUUUCCUUUGUUCUGUUCUGAAGUUUGUCUAGUGCUUUAAAUAGCAGCAAAAUAAUCCUCCGCUCUUGCAUCUAUUCCCCCUUUUUCUCGUCUAAUAUUUUGUUUGCUUUUGCAACUGCUUAUUGACAUAUAUGCUCUUAUACUACCACAAAAUAUUUCUUCUACACACAUUUGUUUAGCCCGUAGGCAUAGUUUGUCAUUGGUUUCAUUAUUGCCUUUUUACUUUUCACGUAUUACCUUGCGUUUAUCAAUGCUCAAUCAUAUUUUCCAUUGUUUUCUGCCUGUUUUCAGUUUACCUGUACCCCUCUACAUCUAAAGACCUCAAAUUACAAAGUUAAAAAGAUUAAAAGAGAAGUUGUUGUAAAACCAUGUAGAUAAAAUUAAAAAAAUAAAUGUAUAAGGUUCUCGCCCAAAUAGCUGUUUUAGCUCCCACACCAGGAGGCGUUUCAAUGGAGCCCCUCCUUCUGGUCUGUGGGAUCCAUCCAUACUGAUGUCAUUUUGCAAAACAGUGAUUUUGUAAUUUAUCAUUAAAGAGCAAUUCUACUUAUCACGUAGGAUGAGUGGAAUUUCUCUUAAAACCGAUAGUAACUAUGUUGCAGAUAUCUAUAUUACAGGUUAGGUUACUAAAUUGCAUUUUAUUUGAACUGAACUUAUUUUGCUUGUUUUGUUACAUAUAUUUUUAUCUGAUACUGUCCCACUAGGAUUUGCAAGUAGUUCUGCUUUUGGAAGCAACACCUCUGGGGCUCCCACAUUUGGCUUUGGAACCGCAAAUAAGCCGUCGGGAAGCUUGAGCGCAGGUUUGUAUUGAUUAGAUCAAACCAAUUGGCUACUAUACAAAGGGAAUCUGGGGGGUAUCCUUAUAACAGUGUUUGUAGUAGGAUAUGUGUAACUCGCUAACGUUCAUCUAGAAGGCAUUUCUGCCUACAAACCACUGUGAAAGUGGACCGGUUACUUUCUGGGAUUUUUUAUGUUUACUUUUCCUGUAUAUAUAGAAUUGUGUAUGAGGUUUGAAAAUAAAAUUAAAUGUAGGAAUCCACACUCCUGUAUUACCUUUACCCUGCAACAGAAUGCCUCCAUCUUGGCUUCCUGUCAGUCAGCAUUAUAAGCUUUGAUUGCUGCCCCAUUCUAUUACUCUGCCAGGACUCAAUUGUUUUUGGUGUCAAUUACGAAAUCUUUAAUGUACAUUGAAAAUAAAUCAAAGCAUAAGUCAGAGUAUCACAUGAGAAAGUUAACCCAAUUGUCUCAUUUUAAAUACUUUAUUGCAGUAUUAUUUCCAGUGAAGUGAUGGUUUCCUUUUAAUACAGAAUAAACCAGUCCCGUAUCAAUCUGUAGAGUUCACAAAUAUUCCUUUGAGCAGAAUCCUCAUAUAUUUAAAUCCUCAUGCGCAACUUAAUGCGAACACAAUGCAAGUUCUUGGAUGCAACUAAAUAUAGUCAUACACCAUAAAUGAUUAAAAAUUUUAUUAACUCUUUCUCUGUCAUAUUUCCAAUUAAUAUGAUAAAAAAUGUUCCAUAGGGGACAAUUAGGGCAGCUUCCCAAGUGUGGAACCGUUUUUUAAAAGGGUGAUUAUUUAAGUGUUUGAAAAGAUAUUAAGAAAUUCUCUUCUAAAACAAUUUAUUUAAGCAUUGUAUAUAUUGUGGGGCAACUCUGUAAUUGAGCUGUUUUACUAAGCAAAAGCCUAUUCCAAUGCCAUGUUUACUAGCAUGAAUCUGUGUCUUUCUGAUUUCCCUUACUCUGUCUAUUUUCAAAUAUCUCCAGCUGUCAGAUGGAUUUGGGAAAGGAAUUAUCUUUAAAGGGACAGCAAAAUGCUUUGUUCUACAUUUGAUGCAUUCCUUUUUAAAUUAGGAAGACACCCCUCACCACCCCCCUUGGUACUUUCAACAAGAACACAUCCAGCAGGUUAAGCUGUGAUGUGUAUAUAAAAUUAAAUGUAGUUCUCACAACUACUGUAGACAUGCUUUCAAAUGGUAAAAUAAAUCUGAAAAGAGAAGUAUUUGUAAGCAACUUGCAGGCAUUUUAUGUAGAUUGUCAUAAAUGCAUAUAUAAAAAGUUUGGAAGAAUAAUGCUUACACACAGACAGCAAGGUUUCUAGACUAAAACUGUACAUCUCUGCUACAUAGUAGUGGACUUCUGUUGAUGUGUAAUAUACUGCAGACCCUGUACCAUGAGGAAGGGGACACAUUUUAUAUUAGUUACUUGAUGGGUGGAACCUGUUUAGCCAACUCCCUGUGCCAUGUUCAUUUGGCAGUUUUUAAACCUAAAAAAAAUCUACUCCAUGUAUACAGUGUUAAAUGCAAAGGGUUUAGCAAUUAUGAACAAAAUGAGCAGUCUAUUAUAUGGGAGGACUGAAGUUAAAACGGCAGUGUACUGUGCUUGCCCCCUUUUGUCCAUUGCAUGUUUUUCACUUCCUUUGCCUCCAGUGCACUCGAUGCUGACUUACACUAUCACAGUACCUACAUACGCUGUGGGUCAGUCUUUCAUUAGGUCCUAGAGCCUUGAGACUCCUUCACUCUUACCCCACUUUUCUCCUCUGUGCAAGAAUCUUAUCCUCCACUGUAUUCAUUACCUCAUUCUGAUUUGCACUGGAUUCACUCAUUUUCAAUGUUGGCUUCAAUGUACUGUGACUAUACUGUCUUAUUUUAAAUUUACGAUGAGUUAAAACAGGGCAAUUGAGCCAUUUUUCAUAAUUUAAACAUAUUGCUUAUUUUUAUAUUGAGUUUUAAUGAUUGAAAAAGUGUCAUGAAUAUAAAUGUUUGAGGCUUUGCAAGCAGUUAUGAGAGCUGUGCUCACUGUAAUAUUUGGUUUUAUGUGUGUGCACUCUUACAAAUUCAGAGAAUUUGUUCUUUUCUUAUCAAGUUUCAAAUCUGGCUUAUUCCCUUUGAUACGUCUUUGUACUGUUUAUAAUGACACUUUUAGGGCAUAUGAGGAAUUCUGGGAUCAAUAUACAGAAAACAAUCCAUAUGGUUGAUCAUAAACACUUAGUCUAAAAUGAUCUGCAUGUAAUAUAAAUCUUUUAUAUAUUUGAAAAGCUUUGCAGUUCGUGCCAUAAAUCUCCUUUGCAUAAGUGGCCAUUGAUUUGUGAUUACCUUUUGACAUUUUGUUAUUUGUUAGAUUCACAGCUUGUACAUUAUUUCAUUUCAUGCAGUUGGGUUCAUACUUUCACCUUAAGGUAGCUGAAACUAAUUUAAGUUUUCUAAUCUCGUUCACAUGUCUUGUGAAAUAUUUCUGAAACAAGAAAACCCCUCUAUCUCUUCUAAUCAUCUACCAUUAGAAGAGGUCUAUGGAAUUCUCAGUAACCCUAAAAUGGUUUGUCACUUCAUGCUUGAAAUGACCCUCACAUUCCUUUACUGUGUUUGAAACCUGUUCUAUUCCUUCCCACAGCACUGUGCUUUGUGUAUUCCAUAAACCCUACAUGGCUAUUUUCCUAUGUGCUUAUAGUUUAAUUUAUGAAAAGGCUGAGUUAGAGGGUCAUUAUAGUCAAUAAAACCCAUUUAGCUUAAAGAAGCAGUUUUUGUGUAUAGGUCAUGCCUAUGUCGUCUCACUGCUCAAUUCUCUGGCAUUUUGGAGUUAAAUCACUUUGUUUAUGCAGCCUAAGGCACACCUCCCUGCAUGUGAUUUACACAGCCUUCCUAAACAAUUCCUGUUAAGAGUCAUCUAAUGUUUAAUCUUUACUUCAAAUUCUGUUUAAUAUAGAAUUUAUCUCCUCCUCUGUUAAUAGCUUGCUAGAUCCUGCAGGACCCCCUGUAUGUAAAGUAAAAUUUAUAGAGCAGGGGAUAAAAACCUUCUAAAGUUACAUCUGAUUGAAAAUAAAACCAAUUUGUUUUCAUGCAGGCUGUCAGCCACAGCAAGGGAAGCUGUGGCUGGGGCAGCAUGAACAUUAACAAAAGUGAUUUUAACUCCAUAAUGACUGAGAAUUGAGAAAAUUCAGUCAUGAUCUAUAUACAAAAAAGCUCCAAUAAGCUAGUUGUUUUGGUGUCUAUAGUGUCCCUUUAAACAAUGUGAAAGCAAAUGGGAGCCAAAUGUGUUGCUGCACAGCACCAAAACCCAAUACAAGCUGUGCUGCCAGUAUUUUAUAGAUUUAGAAAAUCUUAAACAGGACAUAUUUUCUAGGUAGAAUACCUUUUGUUAUCCCUUAACUCUUGGCACUAAACCUUUGGGCACAAACAUUACACACGCCACAUUCCUGUGUAGGUUAAUCGAUAGCAUGUGGUUACGGAGUUUUAGGUAUAGCUGAAGGUAUAGUAAUUUCAGUAUAAACUUUUAUAACUCAAAUUAAUGGUGUCACAUUUUAUUUUAUCCCUUUAAGGCUUUGGCAGUUCAUCUACAUCUGGAUUUAACUUCAGCAAUCCUGGCAUCAAUGCAUCAGCUGGUUUAACCUUCGGCGUAUCAAACCCCUCAUCUACGGGGUUUGGGACAGGACAGCUGCUUCAGCUUAAGAAGCCUCCAGCGGGAAACAAAAGAGGGAAAAGAUAGACUUUUUAAUUUAAAAAAAAAAUGCAUCUAGUUAUUACAUUCUAAAGAUCUAUUUUUCUAAAUUGGUGCUCUAAUUGUUUCCCAAGAGGUUUAUAAAUUUGAUAUUUUUACAAUUUGAUCUGAAAGGUUUGUUUUGACAUUUAACCGGUCCCAUCAGUAUUUUCAUAUCCAAAACCAGGGAAUAUCCAAAUAUAUAUUCAGUGUCUUAUCUUUUUUUUAUUUUUUAUUUCUUGGUAUAGAGCCUUACAUUUUCUUUUCAACAUUCCCAUUUAAGUUUUAACACAAAAAGAUGUCAAUUUUUAUUUUCUCAUGUUUUGUUUUUUUCCAUAAAACUAUGCAUGUCAACAAUUUAUUCAGAUAAGUAUUAUAUAAUAUCUUGUUUUAAAAUCAAACACAUGGGACCAUGUCUUUGCAGUUUAGGUGCCAAGCUGUCAUCUUCUGUACAGACUAGCUUUACCAAGCCAUAUAUGUAUAAUCAAGUAUGUUUGUCUCAAGAAAAGGGUAGAGCCCUAAUUUCAAAAUUAAUUUCCAGAAAUCGUUUUUCCCAAAGGCAAAUAUUUAGUUUUUACUUUUGGUCACAUCAUCCAUCGAUUAAAACACAGUAUAAGAUUUGACAUUGUUUUACCCAGUCAUAUCCCUCCACUACCUCCCAGGUGGUUUAGAGGAGGUAGUAAUAUACAACAUGUCUUAAGACUGUGAUUUUUGUAGUUGUAUGCCCAUAAUUCUUCAGAUAGUGUCAAGUUGCUGGUUUUUGUAUUUGCCAAUGGUACAUUUUUUGUUAGUAUAUGAAUAUGGUCCUUUGAUGUGUGCAUGGGGUUUGCAUUAGUGUUUUGAAUGUGUAUUUGAAUAAGUGUGUGUGCGAGUGUAUCUAUUUGUACAAAGUAGUGGACAUCUUGAUCCUAAUACCUUAUCUGCUACCCAUCUGCUUUGCCACCUAUUUUUAUCCAUGGUUUUUUUUCUGCUGUGACUUCAACUUUUAAUUUCAUGAGUUUUCCAUGCCAACACAGGUUUUGUUGGAUGGUUUAGAGCAUUUUUUUGUAUCAUGUCUGAUACUUUACAUUUUGCUUUGUGUGAAAUUGCUUAAAUACUGUUUCUGGCGUUAGAUUUGUAUAUGAAGUACAUCUGCUUUUCCUCUGAUCUCUCCAGCAUCUGUGGAAAAAUAAUGGGGUUGUCAUAGUCAAAUUGUUCUAUUAAUCCGCACUCAUCGGUUUGGAAAAUCCUGGAUGUACUCCACUUAAAGAUAUUGUAGGUAUCAAACAGCUUUAAGUUAAUGGAGCUGUUUUGGUGUAUAGGUCAUGCCCCUGAAAUCUCACUGCUCAAGUAUCUACUAUUCAGGAGUUAACUCACUUUUUGUUUAGGUAGCCCUAGCCACACGUCCCCUGGCUGUGAUGCACACAACCUGCAUAAAGAACUGAUUUCAAUUUUGAUCAGAUGUUAACUUACCUUUGAAGUUUGUAUCUCCUGCUCUGUAAAUUGACUUUUAAUCACACACGAGAGGCUCCUGCAGGUUCUAGCAGGCUGUUAAGAAUAGGAGAAAUACAAAUAAAACAUUGUAAUAAAGUUUAAACAUUAGAUCUUUUUCUCCAUGAAGUGUUUAGGAAGAUUGUAGGUCACAUGCAGGGUGGUGUUACUAGGAUUGCGUAUACCGUGAUUUGACUCCUAAAUAGCAGAGAAUUGAUCAGCAACACUGCAGGGACAUAGACCAAAGUUCUUUUGGUGACUAUAGUAUCCCAUUAAUUUGUGUCUACCUUUAACUACCACUAGGAUUACUUAUUGUGGAUAUGACACCCAGUGACACUAUAAUCACAUUGGGGUAAAUUGUAAUGUAGCAUUACUAGUGCUAUCAAGAUCUAAUAUUCUUUUGUAUAUAUUUGGUAUGGCUCUUGCUGCUAAAUGGCUUCAUGUAUGGCCAUAGCACUAGUCAUUGUCAAUCUUAAUGUUUGUGAUUAAUGAGGUCUCAAUAUUUACAAGGUUGCCCAAAUAAGACAUCUUGAGCCUUUGAAGUAGACUUUUGUCCUUGUGAUGAGAUUUGACACUGUCACUACCAAGCAAUGUCCUGUAAUCAGAGGCGAUAUAGCCUAUAUGUAAGUCGCAGUGGAAAAUGAAGAGCGCAUAUGUAAGUUGCGGGUUUGUACUUUUGGUCAGUCACCAGGCUCUAGGCCUGUAACCAUGUCUCAACUGGAGGGUAAAUAAUACAUUUGUAAUUUUCAAAUAGUCAUAUGUCUAGAUCUUGUAUAAUGCACUGGCGUUUAGAAAAUGUGUACAUUUAUUUAGCAAAGGUUUUUAGUUUAAAAGACAAAACCAAAAAACCUACAUGUAAUGUAUGCUGUCUAACGCCAAAGACCACUAUUCUCCUAAUCAUUAACUGUUUUGACACAUGCUGUUUGUUAUUGUCACUCAUCCAAUACUUCUUGUCUCGUAUUGUCAACGUUUUUUUUCUCCUUUUCUUUCUUUAGCACUGGCCUUUUCUGCAUGUCUGUCCUGCGUUUUUUAUUGUUCAUUAUGAUUGUGUAUAUUGUACUUAAUGGCUGCAAAGCUGUGCGUUGAAUCAAAUGUAAAAAAUGUGAUGCAUUUGGCAUUUUUGAUGCCUUGCUUUUAUUAUGGUUAUAUCUGACAUUUGGACACACUGUAUUUCGUGUGUUUGUGAAAGUAUAUAUAUAUAUAUUUUUUCUUGGUUUUAACUUUUUGUGAGAAAAUUGUCUUAACCAAUAAAAGUGAUUUGUACAAUGCUUAACAUUAAAA